CCCACCUUCCAAAUAACUCGAGAAUUUUGUGAUAUCAAUAAUCGAUCAUGGAAACGAAAUCAUGAGCGGCGAAAAAACAUAGCUUUUUCCCUAGUUUUGAUUUUUAGAUCCACCAUGGAUUACCUUGAUUUAUUUCCAGAAUAUAUUGAAGAACCCAAGUUUGACCAUGUUCCUCAACUCAAUCAACCUUCUUCAUGUUCGGUGAUGCUGAAACAAACACUGAAAUCCUUCGCUCAAGCACCCAAAGGAGUUUGCGACAUCCCUAUUUCACAGCUUCAUCAACCUAUAAUCAAAGGAUAUCAUCCCUUCAUCACCAUUAUAGAAGAGGAAUACAAAUAUGGACUCGUCGAAUGCAAGAACAAUCUCCACGAUAGAAUUUUAUGGCCAAAAGGAUCCACAUCAUGCACAGUUGUUGCUCUAAAGGAGAAGCUUACUCUGUUUUGUCCGGAUGUGAAGAACUGGGGAGUUUUAUCGUUGGGGAAAGGCUACUACGAAUUCAUUUUUUCUUCUACGAAGGAGAUGAGAAGAGUUUGUGCUUUGGGCUCCGUCCGUUUGAACCCAGUAUAUUUGAAGUUGUUCACUUGGACGAAGGAAUUCAACCCUUCUUUGCAAAACAACACCUCAUUUCAGGUAUGGAUUUGUUUUUCGGGAUUUCUUAGGAGUAUGUGAGACCGCAAAUUCUUUUUGCAAUAUCUAUUUAUGUCGGCACCCUAAUCUUUAUUGAUGUUGCCUCCUCCAAAUCAAGGGUCAAUAGGAUUUUUGGUUAAUUCUUUAGGGUCCAUAUUGAUGUGGAUUUAUUUCAACCUCUAAAUCACAAUGUCUUGGUCGAAAGAGAAGGAUUUGCCUUCUUUGUGGAUACUGAAUACAAAAAUCUCUUAGAGUUUUGUAACCAUUGUUGAAAAACAAAUCACGUGUUGCAAGAUUGCAAGGUUUUUAGGAAACAUGUUUCCCUCUAAACGCUAAAUCCAAAGCUUUAAUUUUUAAGAAAGUCCCAACGAAUCAUGUUGAAGCAGUGGUCGAGAAUUCUAAUGAUAGUGAAAAUAACGAACAAGAGUUGGAUGUUCCUAUUGGUCCAUGUUUUUGUGCCUCAAACACCUCAUGACAAUUCAACCCUCUUAAUAGUCCAAUUUUAGUCCCUACUACAAUACCUCAAGUGACACAAGCAAACCCUAUUUUGGUUCUUAAUCCGCUUAAUUUUAUAACACAACCACUUGAGGGUUCUGGUUCUCAAUUGUCUCUUUUUAUGGAUGCAACUCAAGACAUUGGAAACCAUGGUAAAAAGGUGGUUAAUUCUUGGGCAAAUCUUGAGAACUUGAAGAGGGGCGGGCCUAUUAAUGAUGAAUGAGCUUUCUCUAAUGCAACGUCUAUCCUCAAAAAGAAAAAAAAAUCUUGGAUUAAACAAAAAUACUCCACUAAGUUUCAAGCAUUACCCGCUAAAUCUUCCUCAUGAAGUGCCUAUUUUAGAACAUUAGAGGUGUGACUAAUGCUCCUUCUAGAUUAUCCUUGAAGAGAAUGCUCAAACUUCACAAACCGGACUUACUUUAUAUUGUUGAACAGGAAAUGGUAUUUUCUAAAUUCCCCUAUAAUUGGUUUUCCAAAUUAGGUCUCAAACCUUUCUCCUUCAAUAAUUUGGAGCAACCAUCUCUUUGAUGCUUCUGCAGUACAGAUCUUUCUCCUUACAUUAUCUCCAUUUUUUACCAGUUCAUUGCUUUCUCCUUACUCGUGCGUAAUGUUUUGGUUGUUGUAUAUGCUAUUUAUGCUUCUACUAAGCUUAUUAAAAUAAGGGAGAUUUGGAAGGAUCUUAAUGAUCUUAAAUCUAAUUAUCCUCCUUCUUGGUUGUUUUUAGAGAUUUUAAUGCGAUCAUAGGAGCUCAUGAACACAGAGGCUGAAACAGUCCUACAAAGAGGCCUAUCGCGAAUUUCCUCAAUUGAACGGAUUGCAAUAAUAUCAUUCAUUUCCCCACUACUGAAGCUAAGUUAACUUGGUCCAACAAGAGAGACCCUACUCUUUUCUUAGAAAGAAGGCUAGACCGUUGCAUUGGUAAUCAACUUUGGUUUGAUUCUUGCAACCACAUCUCAGUUUCUACGCUUACCAAAGUCUGUUCUGAUCAUUAUCCUCUCAUGUUGGAAUUUCAUAUCAACACCAUUUGAGUUAUAUCUCAAUUCAAAUUCCUCAAUUCAUGGACGCUUCAUGAAAAUUGUACAUCUUUGAUUGAGGUUGUUUGGUCCCAAAAUAUUGUUGGUAGUCUCAUGUUCGUUCUUAGCAAAAUAACUCCAAAUUCUAAAGAGAAAUCUAAAAUUGUGGAACAAGAAUGUUUUUGGGAAUGUUACCUAUAAUGUUAGAAGCGCUAAAGUCAAUCUCAUAAUUAUUCAAGAUCAAAGUCAGCAUGUUGGCAUAAAUGACAAUCUUAAGAAAUGUAAGUUGGAAGCCUAUAAUAUGCUUUCGAAAGCUCUUGCCAUGGAGGAGAGUUUUUGGAGAGAUAAAUCCAUAGUGAAAUGACACCUUGAUGGAGAUCGAAACCCAGCUUUUUUCCUUGUAUCACCAAGAUCAAACAAAAAUUUAGGCUUAUUACUAUGCUUAUGAAUGGUGAUAAAUUACUUGUAACACUCUUCUAAACCCCCACGGAAUAUUAAAUAACUUUAGAGUAAAAACAUGUACAAGGGUAUUACAACUCCAAAAGAAUUAAAACAUUCAAUCAUGUCAUGCCUUUUCGAGGAACAUUAAGAAUAUUAUUCAGUAAACAUGUUUAACACAGCAGAAUAGUUCAUAAUCUGAAUAACAUAAAACAUCGGUAUUCAACACCAAGAAAUCACCGACUCAUAAUCCAACCAAAAUUUAUUCAAACAAUUGAAAUAAGAGUUCAUUAAAUAACUCUAAAAUAAUUAAACAUUCCCCAGUAUUACAAGACCAGGGCAUGACACCGACACUACGUACCUAAACGAACUACUCUACAAGCAUUCCUCACCAAGACAAAUACUGCUACUCCUCAAUCUGAAAAUUGUCAACAGUAAGGGCGAUACAUAUCACAAUUAAACUAUAUUAUAAGUUCAUAAUGAUAAAAUAUCAUAAGCAGAUCAUUCACCCAAUUGCAAUAUAUUUAGAUUUCAGAAAUCAUUCACCAAGAGUCACCAACAAGAAAUCAACAUAAUUACAACAAUACGCUAUAACAUUGGAAGCCUUCCAAUCAUGUUAUAACAACACAUAUGCAAAUGCAACGACUCUUAUGCAUGUGGUACCAAUCAUGGGAUUAACCCAUCUCACCGAUCCAAACACCACCAGGAUACGGCUACCGUUGAUCCAAAAACCACCAAGAUACAGCCACAAAUGAUUAUGAAUGCAUGCACCACCUACAGCAUGCUAAUCAUCAACACCGAUUAAAAUGAUCAUUAUCAUAAUCCAAUCCACCGAAACAACAUCGAAUAAUGCAUUCAUAUUUCAACAACAAUCAGAAAUCAUAUCAUGCAUAAAUAGAACCAAACACAACAUCAACAGAGCAAAUACAUUGCCACAUCUCCACCAUAUUAUUACAUUUAUCACUUAUACAUACAAUGUGCAACUCACCAUCAUAAAUUUUAAAAAAAUUGGGUUUUUAAAAAUAAAAUCAAGCUACUGCCCGACACACCAUUUAAUUAUAUAAAAUAUUUAAUUAUCUACACAACGCUCAAAACAACGCUUAAAACGGAUAUACGGUUUAAAAGAUAUGAAUUUUUUUAAAAUAAUUUUUCAAAAUGCAUCAGGUGUAACCAGUUACAGCAUGGAGGGUACCCGGUUACACCUUUAUGUAACUCUAUUCGCUAUUUUCCACAACGCGCCUGUCAUCGGUUACACCAUGGAAGGUAACCAGUUACAGUACCUAAAAAUGCCUAUAUUCCUUAUUCUUCAACACGGUAACUGGUUACAUCCCCGCUGUUACCCUGUUACAGCGUACCUAGUAGCAGAAUUUCAUAUUUUUGACAGCACUCUUCCAUUCCAAUUCCAAACCAAUUCGUCCCAACAUUAGUAUAACACCAAAGUAGCACUAAUUCACACAUUUUAACAUACUUCUAACACACUUAGGGAUUCAUUAUCAUCAAGCAUAAUCCCAAUUCACUCAAUUUCACCAAAAUCCAUCAAUUUUUCUAAAUCUCCCAAAACCCCAAGCCUAACAUACAUUCAAUUGAACUAAACAACCAACAAAAUCAAUUCUAUCACUAUUAAACCGAUAAUAUAGAGUAAAUGGAUUUAGUCACCCCUUACCUUAGCAAAAGCUCUUGAAAUUCCUCUUCUCCUCUUCUUCAGCUUUUUCACAUUCUUCUCUUCUCCUCUUUUUGCUUCUAACUUCUUUUCUUUCUCAAUUCCUUCUAUUUUAUGAAAAUAAAAUCCAACUUUAGUAAGGCCUAACACUUAGAACCUCCCUUUUACUAAACACAAUUCUGACCCAAUAACAUUAUUUCUCAAUUUCUCCAAUUAAUCCAAUUAAAAUAGCAAAUAAUUAAUUUAAAUUCUAAUUAAAUUAAAUAACGGAAAAUAUGGGGUGUUACAACUCUCCCCCACUAAAAGAGUUUUUGUCCUCGAAAACAUACCUCAAGUAAAAAGCUCAGGAUAAGAGUCCUUCAUCUGAGUCUCCAGCUCCCAAGUAACAUUAUCAUUUGUCGGUCUUUCCCAAGCUACUCUAACUAAUGUUAUCUCCUUACCACGCAGUUGUUUCAACUUCCGGUCUUCAAUCCUCACAAGCAACACCUCAAUUGUCAGAUUGUCUUUCACCUGUACAUCAUCCGCUUGGAUCGCAUGAGAUGGAUCCACAAUGUAUUUCCUUAACUGAGACACAUGAAAUACAUCGUGCAAAAUUCGUAAGAAUUGGCGGUAGAGCAAUACGAUAAGCUACUUCUCCCACUUUUUUCGUAAUCUGAAACGGACCAAUAAACCACGGCGUCAACUUCUUUGACUUCAAUGCUCGACCAAAACCAAUCAUAGGAGUAACUCUUAGAAACACAUGAUCUCCCUCUUGGAACUCAAGUGUUCUCCGCCUCUCAUCAUGGUAGCUCUUCUAAUGAUUUUGAGAAUUUCAUCUUCUCCUGAAUCAUCUUGAUCUUUUCCGUAGUCUAUUGAACAAUUUUCGAUCCAAUCACCGCACUCUCACCAGAUUCAUACCAGCACAAAGGCGUCUUACACCUCCUACCAUAUAAAGCUUCAAACGGACCAUACCAAUGCUCGAAUGAUAAAUAUUAUUGUAGGUAAACUCAAUCAAAGGUAGAUAAUUAUCCCAAGUACCACAUUUUUCUAACACACAAGCACGCAACAAAUCUUUCAACGAUUGAGUCGUCCUCUGUGUCUGACCAUCAGUCUGCGGAUGAUAAGCAUAACUCAGUCUCAGUGUAGUGCCCAAAGCCUUCUGCAAAUCUUCCCAAAAUCUUGAUGUAAAUCUAGGAUCUCUAUCAGACACAAUACUAGAAGGAAUACCAUGUAAACUCACUAUCUUCUCAAUAUACAACUGGGUUAACGUCUCCAUAGGAUAAUCCAUUCUCAUCGGUAUAAAGUGAGUCGACUUCGUCAACCUGUCCACAAUCACCCAAAUAGCUUCACAAUUCUUAACCGUCCUCGGAAAACCAUAAACAAAAUCCAUAGAUAUUCUAUUUCACUUCCGUUCCGGAAUAAACAACGGUUGCAUAACUCCAUACUGCUUCUGAUGCUCAACCUUCGACUUCUGGCAAGUCAAACAAGAAUAAACGAAUUCAGCAAUUUCUUUCUUCAUUCCAGGCCACCAAAACAACUUUUUCAAAUCAUGAUACAUCUUGGUAGAACAGGAUGAAUACUCAAUCCACUAUGACGUCCUUCUUCAGGAAUACUCUUCCUAAGAUAAGCAACAUCAGGAACACAGACUCGAUCACCAAACCUCGUUAUAUCAUUCUCGUCAAUUCGGAAAUCACCUCCUUUUCCUUGGUUAAUCAAAGUCAAUCUAUCGACCAAAUCAACAUCUUCUUUCUGACCCGCUCUAAUCUCAUCAAGAAUACCACUUGUUAGCUUCAACAUACCCAAUUUAACACUAUUAGGAGUACCUUCACAUACCAAACUCAAUUCUCUGAAUAGUUCAAUUAAAUCCAAUUCUCGCACCAUUAACAUAGACAUAUGUAAGGACCUCCUACUCAAUGCAUCAGCGACGAUGUUUGCCUUGCCCUGAUGGUAAUUCAGCCCAAAAUCAUAAUCUUUAAGGAAUUCAAACCAUCUUCUUUGUCUCAUAUUAAGCUCUUUUUGAUCAAAGAGAUACUUCGAACUCUUUUGAUCACUGAAUACCUCAAAUCUUGAACCAUACAGAUAAUGUCUUCAUAAUUUCAACACAAAUACCACAACCGCCAACUCUAAAUCAUGAGUCGGAUAAUUCUUUUCAUGAAUUUUGAGUUGUCUCGACCAUAAGCCACUACCUAUUGAUUCUGCAUCAAUACACCACCUAAUCCCAUUAAUGAAACAUCACAAUAUACUACAAAAUAUCCUGUCGGAUGUGGCAAAAUCAGAAUAGGAUCACUAGUUAACCUUCUCUUUAACUCUUGGAAUCCUUCUUCACAUUUCGAAUCCCAAAUGAACAUUUGACGCUUUCUAGUCAACUUAGUUAACAGCAAAGCUAACUUCAAAAAUCCUUCUUUAAACUUUUUGUAGUAACCUGCGAGACCAAGAAAACUACGAAUCUCAGAAACAGACUUCGGCGCUUCCCACUGAGAUAUCGCCUCUACCUUCGUAGGAUCUAUCGCAAUACCAUUCUUGGAAAUCACAUGACAAAGAAAGCUUACCUCACUUAACCAGAAUUCACACUUCGACAACUUUGCAUAAAGUUUCUUCUCUUUCAGCAAUUCCAAUACAACUCUGAGAUGUUCCGCAUGCUCUUCUUCGCUCUUGGAGUAUAUCAGAAUAUCGCCGAUAACGACCACUACAAACUUAUCAAGAUACGGAUGAAAGAUCCUAUUCAUAUACUCCAUUAAAACUCCAGGUGCAUUAGUUACCCCAAACGACAUCACUGUAUACUCGUAAUGACCAUACCUUGUUAUAAAGGAAGUCUUCUGAAUAUCAUCCGCUUUUACACGAAUUUGAUGAUACCCAGACUUCAGACUAAUUUUACUAAACACACUUGCUCCAACCAGUUGAUCCAUUAAAUCAUCAAUCCUCGGCAACAAGUACCGAUUCUUGAUAGUAACUUUAUUCAGUUGUCUAUAAUCCACACACAAUAUCAUAGAACCCUCUUUCUUCUUUACUAACAACACCGGCGCACCCUACGGCGAAACACUAGGAAGAAUAAAUUCCUUCUCAAGCAACUCUUCUAAUUGGCUCUUCAAUUCAGCUAACUCAUAUGCCGACAUACAAUAAGGCGCCAUCGACACAGGACUAGUUCCAGGAAUCAAAUCAUAACAAAUUUCACUUUCUCUCUCAGGUGGUAACUCUCUAACAUCUUCUAGAAAAACUUUCGAAAAGUCACGUACCACCGGUAAUUCACUACUCACCGCCUUUCCUUUCACUUCCAUUGAUGUAAACAACAUAAACAUAUCAUCUUCGUCUUUAAUUGCCUCGUCCACCUGUCUAGCUGUCAUCGUCAAGUCUUCAACACUAAGAGCUCCAGGAAAGAUAAUCGUCUUCAUAAAACAGUUGAUAUGAACUCGAUUGAAUUCCAACCUAUUCAUUCCCAAGAUGAUAUCAAGUUGUUCUAGCAGAAGACACACUAAGUCCAUUCUGUAUUCCCUACCAAAAAUAUCAAUCAGAUAGUUGAAGCAAGCAAACAAAGUAGUCAUUGAACCCGACGCAGGAGUGUCAUUGUGUCAAUAACCAUACUUCCAUUUAUGUUAGAUAUUUCCAAAUUCAAUAUUUUAGCACAAUCCAAAUAAAUAAACGAAUGAGUCGCUCUAGUAUCUAUAAUUGCAAUUAAAGGUGUGCCAUGUGUAAUACAAUGGGAGAACUGACUUUUUUAUUUUGCAAACAAAUGUUGCGGUGAGCAAGAGUCGCCACCGACUUUUAUUUUAUCCAAUUAGGAAAGGCAAAAAGAACAAGAAAUAUCUUUGAAAUAGAUUUAGUUCAGGGGGUGGGUUAUACAAAGGGAAGGUGUAAGCACCCAUUGUAUCCAUGGUUAUCCAUGGGCUCUUAAUUGCUUAGCUCACUUUGUUUGUUUGAAAAUGUGUCACGUGUGUUUAGAAAAAAGGUUUGAAGAACUUGACUUUGUAAUGAUUCAUCAUUCAAAUAUAUACAAAGUACUUGUCUUGAAAAACGUGGUGUGAAAAGCAUUUGUUUGAAUUUGUUGUGAGCAAGCAGUUAAGAUCUACCUACCCUAAGUUUGUAAGGUCUAUCUUGUUCUUAAAGAGUUUCGUCGAGGGAAAGAGACUAUCCAUACCAUUAGUUAGUGGGAAGUCCUUUCAUUGGAUGUGAUCGGGACAUCGAGGGUCAUCGUGUAGUCAUAGGGCUAUCCAUACCAUAAAAGGGUAAGAAGUCAUAUGCAUUGGAUGUGAAUAGUCAUAAAGGUAACAAGUAUGGACACCUUAGAAAUCCGAAGGGACUAUCAUCAUUAAUCGUAGGCAACUCGAGGGACGAGAUCAUUUUAUCGUAGGGAACUCGAAGGGACUAUGAUCUUUAUUCCGAAGGGACUAUGAUGAUUUUGAAUCGUAGGAAGUAUAUGCUAAGGCAUCCUCACGUUCGAGGGUCUUGACUAUUAUUCAAAAGGCAACACAAGAGAAGGUUACCCUAAAGGUGGGUGUGUGCGAAGUGGGUUAGAUUCGGGUAUUUAAUCUUGAGUUAAGGUUAGCUAGCGAUUGAUUUUAAAUAUCUUGCCAUAAAAUCCUAAGCAUACAUCUAAACAGAUAUAUGAGUGCGGAAAGUAAAGGCAGAAAAUAAAUCCUACACUAUUACAGGGCUUAGGGGAUUAGGGAUACAUAACCAAAAUGGGGGAGUGCGGAAAUUAAAAUGCGGAGAAAUAAACCUACGCUAAUACAAUUUUUUUUGCAACAUAUACAUCGAUUUCUAGAAUUUAAAUGACAAUUAAAUAAAAUGAUUAAAUAAUUAAAUAACAGAAUUUGAAACAAGCGCGCAACAAUUAUGAAAUAUGAGAUGAGAAGAGAAAUCAGGAGAAACUACGAGAAAUCAAGUUUUUGGAAGUUUAUGUGAAAAAACUAAGUUAAAUAAACCUAUUUUCUAAACCUAAUUUUAAUUAAUUAGUUAAUGACAAUUAGACCUAAACUAAUUCUAAUUAUUAAUCCUAAUAUUUAAAUCCUAAUUAAGUUGGUAAGAAAAAACUAUAUCAAAUUUUGUUUAAUUAAAACCUAAAAAGGAAAAAAAUUUAAUAAAUUAAAAUCCUAAUUAAAAUAGAAUUAGUUAAUUAGAACUAAAUUUAAAAAAAUUAUUUAAAAACCUAAUUCAAUUCAUGAUUAAGCCAUUUAAUUAAAGUAAUAAACUAAAACUCAAAAGAAGAAGAAAAAGUAAAACAAAUAAGAAAAAGAAGUGAAAAAAAACAAGAAAAAGGGUUGAGGGGCGCUGGGAUGGAACCCAGGUCCUCAAAGUUAUUGGUCUCCAUCAUCUGCCACUUGUCAAAAUAAAUGAGAAACCCAUAUGUCUAUCGUGAAGUAAUGUAUGCAAUGUAUGAAUAUGUAUGUGAUGUAUGACUGAUGCUGUUUGGAGUGUUUUGAGAAGAUAAAUCUCUGUAUUGUUUGUGAUUUUGAUGCCUGAUCUUGUUUUGAAGAUAUAGGUUGGGGGUUUAUGAUCCCUUCUUGGGGAUAGCCAUUUGAAUGAUUAAUCCAGACGUACCCUGACCGGGGUUUAGAGAUAUGAAUAAAUUUUGUUGGAGAGAACAGUAGUAUCGCUGAACCGGCAGUGUCGGAGAUGUAAAACCUUGUUGGGGAACUGAAUCUCUGUUGGGAAGGGAGCUUUUUUAAUGAUUACUCUGUGGGGAUCCCUCCAGACUAUUGACUCUAAGGGGGAACUUCUGGACUACUUAGACAUUGUCUAAUUGCCUUUCCUGUAUUUUACAUACAAAUAUUUUGCGAAGGAAAAGAUAAAUGUCAAUCAUGUUCAUAUGCAUAUGUUCAUCCAAUAUUAUCAUUGGACGUUUGCACAUUCGAAAGAAAGAAAUACUCAGGAAAAUGGAAAGGAAGGUAACUUGUUAUUAAGAUAGAGCCAUGAAUAGGCAAAAUAAUAGGAAAACAUUUGUGUGUUUUUGGAAAGAUACAAAAGUAAAACAAAAGAAAAAUAGCUAUGUGGUAACAAUCCUAUUGAGUUUCAACUCUGCUAUUGCCAUUAUAUCUUCGAGCAUCUCAUCCCUUGCUUGUUGGAGAAAGAUGAUUGAACUGGUCUGUGCCCUUUGAUCUUGAUGUUGCCAAUAAAACUGAGUGAUCUGACCGAGACAUAGUCGUACGCUUUAAUCCUUAACUUUUGCCUAGGCCGCCUUUUCAGGUUUUCAGCCUACCAGGAUACCCUUUUUUGCCCAAGUCGCCCUUUCAGGUUUUCAAUUUGCCGGGUGUACAUUUUUAUAUAUAUAUAUAUCCCUAAUUUUUGCCCGAACCCUUUUGGUUCGCCGGGAUGCCCUUACUUUUGUCUAGGUACGUCGACCUAGCGGGUCUUAUUUAUGCAUCGUAUUUUUUGACUAUGUCUGCAUUCACAGGGUGUGGAAAGUCUUCACCAUCCAUAAUAGUGAGUAUCAUUGCUCCUCCGGAGAAUAUCUUCUUGAUUACGAAUGGUCCUUCAUAUGUGGGAGUCCACUUGCCCCUAGGAUCACCUUGCGGUAGAAUAAUUCUCUUUAUAACCAAGUCACCAGUCUGAUAUGCUUGUUGCUUGACUCUUUUAUUGAAUGCCUUGAUCAUACGCUUCUGAUAUAACUGCCCAUGACAAACAGCCGCAAGCCUCUUCUCAUCAAUUAGGUUUAUCUGGUCUAGUCGAGUCUGGAUCCAUUCAUCUUCAUCUAACUCUGCAUCCUUCAUGAUUCUUAGAGAUGGAAUCUGAACUUCAAUUGGUAAUACUGCUUCCAUGCCAUAGACUAGUGAGAAUGGGGUUGCCCCAAUUGAAGUACGUGCUGAGGUGCGGUAACCAUGAAGAGAAAGCGGUAACAUCUCAUGCCAAUCCUUGUAAGUAACAGUCAUUUUCUGUACAAUCUUCUUUAUGUUCUUGUUGGCGGCUUCCACUGCGCCAUUCAUCUUUGGUCUAUAAGGAGAAGAAUUGUGAUGCUUUAUCUUGAACUGCGUGUAGAGUUCAGUAAUCAUCUUAUUGUUCAGGUUGGUACCAUUAUCUGUGAUAAUCCUUUCGGGGAUGCCAUACCGACAUAUGAGGUUAUGCUUAAUGAAUCGGGCUACCACAUUCUUGGUAACGGAAGCAAAUGAAGCAGCUUCUACCCAUUUGGUGAAGUAAUCAAUGGCUACAAGGAUGAAACGAUGUCCAUUAGAAGCAGUAGGUUUGAUUUCCCCGAUCAUAUCAAUGCCCCACAUUGCAAAAGGCCAAGGAGCAGUCAGAACAUUCAGUGGAACUGGAGGUACGUGUACUUUGUCAGCAUAGAUCUGGCACCUGUGACAAGUUCUGGAAUGUUGAUGGCAGUCAGUUUCCAUAGUGGACCAGUAGUAACCCGCUCUCAAGAUCUUUUUAGCUAUAAUAUGUCCACUAGAGUGAGUUCCAAAGAUACCGUCAUGCAUAUCUUCCAUAAUCUCUUCUGCUUCCUUCUUGUUCACACAACGAAGCAGGGUUGAAUCAUGAUUGCGCUUAUAUAGGGUACCAUUACUCAAGAAAAAUUUGGAAGCAAAUCUUCUCAAGAACUUCUUGUCGUUGAUAGAUGCCCCUUCAGGGUAUUCCUGAGCUUCGAGAUAUCUUUUUACUUCAUGAAACCAUGGCUUUUCUUCAACCUCGUCAGUAGCUAUCUCGUAACAGUAUGCCGGUUCGUCAUGUAUUUCAAUAAUAACUGUAGGAGCCUCGUUGUCCCAUCUGACCUUGAACAUGGAUGAUAUAGUGGCUAAUGCGUCUGCCAAUUGAUUCUCCUCUCGGGGAAUGUGUUCAAACGUAAUCUCUUCGAAGUGAGGAAUCAAAGAUAACACCAAAUCCUUGUAAGGCAUGAGAUUAGGAUGCUUCGUGUCCCAUUCUCCCUUGAUCUGACAGAUUACUAGGGCUGAAUCCCCAUAUACUUCCAAGAACUUGAUUCUUAAGUCAAUAGCAGCUCUGAGUCCUAAUAUACAUGCUUCAUACUCAUCUAAAUUGUUAGUACAGUCGAAACAUAAUCUUGAUGUAAACGGGGUGUGUCCACCUGUCGGAGAGUUAAUCACAGCGCCAAUACCAUUACCAAGUGCAUUCGAAGCUCUGUCAAAAACCAUGGUCCAUCGGGAUCCUGGUUCAGGUCCUUCAUCCAGACCAGGUUGUUCAUAAUCUGUAACAAGUGUAGCGGGGAAAAUCUGAUAUCGAAACCAUGAGAUUGACUCGAAUCAAUAUUUUGUUUGAAAUCGCCACCGCGCUUUAUUGUUUCCAAAGGAAAAGGGAAAAGAACGUAAAACCCAAAGUUUUGUUUUUAAAACAAGAAAGAGAUCUCAGGUACGGGUGUUGAUUAUAUGAGGGGAAGGUUUUAAGCACCCCUCAUAUCUGUGGUAUUCCACAGGAACCUUUUUGAAAAUCUGUGUUGUGUGUGCUAAAAAAACGGUUUGUUUUAUUUUUAAAAUAAGCUCGGCAAAGCGUUUAAGCUUUGGGCCUACAUACCUCCUCGGUGCAAUGGAGAAGUCAGAGCUAAUGUAGUUCCGCUUAAAGGGAAAACAUUUUAAAAAAAAACGAAUAAACACUUUAUCGUCGUCGGAGAGAAAUACUCAGCCAUUGAUCUUGAGCAUGAGAACAAACGAGUUCUUUGCAUCGCAAAUGAAAGAAGGACUCCAACUCGGAUAAAAUCAACGAGUAUGCCACUAGCUCUCUCACGCGGAAAAGAUCUCAUUUUAUCAAUCAAUUUCAAAAUCGUGGGGUAUAACCACUCGUUUCGACAAUUAACAGUGUCUAAACUUUUGAAGAAAAGCCACUAAGAGCAAAAGAUAUUUUUAAAGAAAGAAGGUUUUGAAAAGGUUUUACAAACAUAAGAAUAUUUUGGAAAAAGGGAGAAGAUUUUGAAAAUCUAAGAAGUGGGAGGAGAUGAAGAGGCUAACCUAUUGCGUAAAAUAAAAGCUAAGGAAAGAAACGGUCUAACCGAAAUAAGAAGCCAAUACUUGACAUUAAGAGUCAAGGUAGAUUUCCCAUCCUUUGGACUUAUCAAUACCAACAUAUUAACACUUGGGGAUCCAGAUGAAUUUAUUAUCUUAGCACCACUUCGCAUUAAGCGCAUUAAGAUUCUGACGAAAAUCGGGCAGAGUAACGGCUGUUUUCGGGUAAAAUCCUUAUAUCAAUGCCUUGGAAUUAACCAUCAAGGGCUUUCAAGGAAAUACCUGCACACAUAAACAGACAACAAUCCAAUGCCAGACAGCCAGAAUAACAACAGAGUAAUAACGGAAUAAGAGUCCAGAGGUACUAAGUCCAUUAGUCCGAAUCUCCAAAAUGCUAGGGAUAUUAACCAAUAGUCCAAAAGAGAGCCUUAAGUGUUUUUUUAGAUUUUUGUUGUUUAUUAGUGUUUUAGCAUAAAAGUAAAGUAUGGUCCAAGUGGACAAAGAGAAAAUGGCGGAAACAUAAACAUCUGUCCAAAUGGACAAAGAGAAAAUAGCGGAAUGUAAAUAUGAUGAAAUGAUAAAAUAAAGCGAUAAAGCGAGAAAUAUAAAGAGCAAUAUAAUAAAGUGCGGAAAUUAAAGUCAAUUGUUAGAUGUUAAAGAUAACCAUCUUGAAACUUGUCAAGUAUGUUAUCAAAGUUAGUAAUGAAGAUCGAUGGUGAGUGAAGGAUGUUCUCGGAUUUAAAUCAACCGCAUACAAUUCUCUUCCAUAUUUGAUCUUUUUAUUCGGGACACGAAAUAUUGCGCUAUGUUAAGCAGAUCGCCAAGUGAUUUAUGUAGAAAUCACCCUACAACGAGGCCGGUCAAAACUUUAUGUGCUAAUGCAUGUGAGAGAAAUGAUAUGUAGAUCAUUCUCCGAAAGCAAUACCGCACGAAAAGAAAAUAGGUAACGAUCUAGUCUUUACUAAGAAUCCAUAAGAAUUCUCAAAGUAUUAAGACUUUCAUCGAUCAAAAGAAAAAAAAGGAGAAGAAGAACAUAAAAUGCAUAAAGAUAAUCAACUCACACUAUCAUUAAUAUCAUUCAUCUAAUAUUAUGGAUUUGGUUCUUUCAAACCUAUCAACAUCCUAGAUCCAAUGAUAUUAAUGAAGUGGAGGAAGUAGGAAACCAAAACAAGCAUAAAAAAGGCAAAAAAAACACAUUCUGCCAGUAGGAAAUCGAUUUCAUGCAGGGGGAAAUCGAUUUCCAUAGUGCAGUUUUCAAAAAAAACAAGUUACGUUCAGCAGGAAAUUGAUUUCAGCCUUAAGGAAAUCGAUUUCAUCAGUGUAAAUUUCAGCAAAAACAGCAUUUAAAGGCAUGAAACUUGAUUUGAACAAAUAUACAAACACCUUAUGAUCACACAUCAACUUGAGCACGAAAUUUCCAUCAUAAAACCAGCAAAUAUCAUCAAUAUAGCAUCAAAGAUGCAUUGAACACAAGCAAUAAAGAUCUACAUCAUGGAUCUAGCAAAUUACCACUUCAUGAACAAAAGUCUUGGAGUAGCUUCAAGAGCAAGCACAAAGUGUAUAGAUCUUUCAAAUUUGGAGAUGAAAAACCAAGGAAAAGAGAGAAAUGUAGGAGGUUUAGUUCAAAAUUAGCAAGAUUCAAUGUGAAUCUCACUAAUCUUAUGAAAAUGAACUUUGGGUGAGGGUUUUGGAAAGGGUGAGAAAUGAAUUUGCAAGCAAUUAUUUGGCUCUCCAAGCUUGAGAAAUGAGAGAGUAGAGGUCUCUAUUUAUAGAAUUGGAGCAAGAGUAGUGGUAGUUUGGUCUUUUUGCAUUUGGUGAUUAGCUUAUGUUUAAUUGGUGUUUAAAUGGUAUUUAAAUGGUAAAAUGAGGUUUAAGUGGGUUUAAUGAAAGGGUUAAUUUUGAUGAGGUGGAAAAUUGGUAACAUGAUCAAAUAAAAAGGUGCCAAAAUGAUGUCAAGCUUCCCUCCUUAUAUUUUUUGAAUUUCGCCUUAAGGAAAUCGAUUUCCCCAAGAGUGAAAUCGAUUUCACUCUGUUCCAGAAGAGGAUUUGGCGCAAAAUACACUAGGGAAAUCGAUUUACCCAAGAGGGAAAUCGAUUUCAUGCUGUCCAGAAUGUGAUUUUGUUGACAAUUGCUGCAGGGAAAUCGAUUUACCCAGUACGGAAAUCGAUUUCAUCAGUCCAAAAUAUGAAAAAUGCCUUGUUUAUUGCAUGUCUUGGCUUGGUACCUACAAAACAAAAGCCUACAAAGAAACAAAGCAAUGUUUUUGGUAUUUGGGUUAGUAUAAUAUGCAUACAAGAUAAACAAUCAUUGGUGCUUGAUGGUCCCUCUUAUUGAUGAGGUGAGUGCAACACCAAAAACAAAACUUCCAAAUGAAACUCUUGAUUAAUGAUUGGGAUAUGAAUGAUAUAGGAUCUUAGGGUCAAAAAUUGGGGUAUGACAGAUGCCCCUAUUUAAGUUUCUUCGAUUUGGAGAUACGAUGAUUGGAAAUCUUCGUUUUGACGAAAUCGAAGAGACUUAAAUAUAUAAAACACAAUUUUUGAACCUAAGAUGCUAUGCAAUGUUAAUGAAUGCAUAUGGUGAGGAUAAAACAUGGCCACACUGGGGAGAAAAAGGAACUCCACUAGGGAAAGCAAAUGUCUUGCUGGCAUAACUCCGCUGGGGAAGGCAAGACUUUGUUGGAGAGACGAAACUUUGGUGGGGAAAGAAACUUCUCUGGUGAAAACACUUCACGCCACAGAGGUUAUAGCAUCCUCUUUCACUGGGGAUGAGAAAAGGGGACAUCCUCUUUCACUGGGGAUGAGAAAGUAUGCAUCCUGAAUCAGAAUGCCAAUCUUCCGUUAACAGAAACCACACCAUCGUACCACUGAUGAUAUGAAGAGAUAUACCACCGUGCCAUUGACGAUAACACAUACCAACGUUCCACUGAGGGUAUGAAGAGAUAUACCACCGUAUCACUGAUGAUAUAAAGAGAUAAUUCAUCGACGUACCACUGACGAUGAAAGAGAUGUACCGCCGUACCAUUGACGAUAACACAUACCAACGUUCCACUGAAGGUAUGAAGAGAUAUACCACCGUACCACUAAUGAUAUAAAAAGAGAUAAUUCAUCGACGUGCCACUGACGAUGAAAGAGAAGUACCGCCGUACCACUGACGAUAAUACAUACCAACGUUCCACUGAAGGCAUGAAGAGAUAUACCACCGUACCACUGAUGAUAUAAAAAGAGAUAAUUCAUCGACGUCCCACUGAUGAUGAAAGAGAUGUACCGCCGUACCACUGACGAUAACACAUACCAACGUUCCACUGAAGGCAUGAAGAGAUAUACCACCGUACCAUUGAUGAUAUAAAAAGAGAUAAUUCAUCGACGUACCACUGACGAUGAAAGAGAUGUACCACCGUACCACUGACGAUAAAAGAGAUGUACCGCCGUACCACUGACGAUAACACAUACCAACGUUCCACUGAAGGCAUGAAGAGAUAUACCAUCGUACCACUGAUGAUAUAAGAAGAGAUAAUUCAUCGACGUACCACUGACGAUGAAAGAGAUGUACUGCCGUACCACUGACGAUAACACAUACCAACGUUCCACUGAAGGUAUGAAAGAGAUAUACCACCGUACCACUGAUGAUAUAAGAAGAGAUAAUUCACCGACGUACCACUGACGAUGAAAAAGAUGUACCACCGUACCACUGACGAUAACACAUACCAACGUUCCACUGAAGGCAUGAAGAAAUAUACCACCGUACCACUGAUGAUAUAAAAAGAGAUAAUUCAUCGACGUACCACUGACGAUGAAAGAGAUGUACCGCCGUACCACUGACAAUAAAAGAGAUGUACCGCCGUACCACUGACGAUAACACAUACCAACGUUCCAUUGAAGGCAUGAAGAGAUAUACCACCGUACCACUGAUGAUAUAAGAAGAGAUAAUUCAUCGACGUACCACUGAUGAUGAAAGAGAUGUACCGCCGUACCACUGACGAUAACACAUACCAGGGUUCCACUGAAGGUAUGAAAGAGAUAUACCACCGUACCACUGAUGAUAUAAGAAGAGAUAAUUCAUCGACGUACCACUGACGAUGAAAGAGAUGUACCGCCGUACCACUGACGAUAAAAGAGAUGUACCGCCGUACCACUGACGAUAACACAUACCAACGUUCCACUGAAGGCAUGAAGAGAUAUACCAUCGUACCACUGAUGAUAUAAGAAGAGAUAAUUCAUCGACGUACCAUUGACGAUGAAAGUGACGUACCGCCGUACCACUGACGAUAACACAUACCAACGUUCCACUGAAGGUAUGAAAGAGAUAUACCACCGUACCACUGAUGAUAUAAGAAGAGAUGAUUCAUCGACGUACCACUGACGAUGAAAGAGAUGUACCGCCGUACCACUGACGAUAACACAUACCAACGUUCCACUGAAGGCAUGAAGAGAUAUACCACCGUACCACUGAUGAUAUAAAAAGAGAUAAUUCAUCGACGUACCACUGACGAUGAAAGAGAUGUACCGCCGUACCACUGACAAUAAAAGAGAUGUACCGCCGUACCACUGACGAUAACACAUACCAACGUUCCACUGAAGGCAUGAAGAGAUAUACCAUCGUAUCACUAAUGAUAUAAGAAGAGAUAAUUCAUCGACGUACCACUGACGAUGAAAGAGAUGUACCGCCGUACCACUGACGAUAACACAUACCAAGGUUCCACUGAAGGUAUGAAAGAGAUAUACCACCGUACCACUGAUGAUAUAAGAAGAGAUAAUUCAUCGACGUACCACUGACGAUGAAAGAGAUGUACCGCCGUACCAUUGACGAUAACACAUACCAACGUUCCACUGAAGGUAUGAAAGAGAUAUACCACCGUACCACUGAUGAUAUAAGAAGAGAUAAUUCAUCGACGUGCCACUGACUAUGAAAGAGAUGUACCGCCGUAUCUCUGACAAAACACAUACCGGCGUUCCACUAAAGGCACGAAGAGAUAUACCAUCGUAUCACUGAUGAUAUAAAAAGAGAUAAUUUAUCGACGUACCACUGACGAUGAAAGAGAUGUACCGUCGUACCACUGACGAUAACACAUACCAACGUUCCACUGAAGGCAUGAAGAGAUAUACCACCGUACCACUGAUGAUAUAAAAAGAGGUAAUUCAUCGACGUACCACUGACGAUGAAAGAGAUGUACCGCCGUACCACUGACGAUAACACAUACCAACGUUCCACUGGAGGUAUGAAGAGAUGCCCCUUUGUACAAAUGACGGUGAAGAGCAAUCAAUAAUACUUUUUCAAAGAUUUGAGGAUGCAAACAUAAAUGCAUAAUCUCAAUAUUCAUCGUCCAGCAACGAAAAUUCAAUCCAUGACCAAAUGGAAAGAAGCUGCCAAAAAGACUGGACUAAGUGAAGGAGAAACUCACUAGUCUUCUGUUCGUAGACAUCUGAACAGAAUAACUGGAACAUAUUAUCCACCUAGAAACAAAUUCAGUGGGGAUUUUCAAGGAAAGUGAGCUUUUUCUGCUUAAGACACUCUAAAUGAAAGAGCAAUAUGUUUGACAGUAAACUUCAUGAUAGCAAAUGUGAAUGUAUGACUGUUUUUGAUGCAUGUUAAUGAUGCAUAUGCUGCCAAAACUUAGUACAAGAAUUAACUCAAGAGAUGGAGUGCGAAAAUAGAAUAAUCAAGCAUGUCUCAAGCUGAACACCAGAGCAGAAACUGCUAUAACAAUCUUUUGAUGGCUUCAGAAUAAAUGCUGCCCAACACUAGGGAACAUUGGAGCUGAGAGAACAAAAUAACCGAGUUCUACAUCAUCUUCGAACCAGGCCAAAGGUGCAUUGAGUGGAACACAUUCUUCUUUUUUUGCAUAUGAAUACAUCAACAUAUCCAUUCCUUGUAAUGCACUCAUGAAUCAAAACAAAACUUCUUUUAUAUUUUUCAAAAGGAUUUUGUUGAAAUCAGUUUUCUCUUUGUUUCAAAAAAUUACUAUCAACAAUAAAUGACAUUUUGAGAGAUACGAAAGAAAAAGAUUGCCAAUAAAGGGUAAAGGCUCAAACUUUUUUAAUAGAAUGGUAGCCUGCAAAAGGCAAGACCCCAUGGAUUAUUACAAAGUUUGGAAAGUGGUAAUUUUGUGGAAAAAGGUACAUUGAAAUGUAAUGACCCUAUCCUCUCUCUCAACUUGGAAUUCCUGAGCAAAGGCUUCCGUUGAAAUGUGUUGAACUUCUUCAUGAUAAACAAAUGACUACUGAUGAUCAAGUCUUGUCUGAUGUAGUUACUUGUCAUGAAUCCCUAACUUUUGCCUGGACCGCCCUUUCGGGUUUUCAGUCCACCGGGUAUUUUAUUCUGUUUAUGUCUCUAAUUUUUGCCUGGACCGCCCUUUCGGGUUUUCAAUCCACCGAGACGCUCUUUUUUUCCUAAGCCGCCCUUUCGGGUUUUCAACUUAGCGAGCUGUUCUUUUAUUAUUUUUAGGCGAAGUAUUUCUUGACUACAUCAGCAUUCACGGGACGUGGGAGCUCUUCUCCAUCCAUAGUUGCAAGAAUUAAUGCACCGCCAGAGAAGGCUUUCUUAACAACAUAUGGUCCUUCAAAAUUAGGAGUCCACUUGCCCCUUGAAUCGGAGGUGAAAGACAAGAUCCUUUUGAGCACGAGGUCGCCUUCUCUGAAUACACGAGGUCGAACCUUAUUAUCAAAAGCUUUCUUCAUUCUUUUCUGGUACAACUGACCAUGGCAUAAAGCCGUCAUUCUUUUUUCCUCUAUCAAAUUCAAUUUAUCAAACCUGCUCUGACACCACUCAGCCUCAGAUAACUUGGUUUCCAUUAAAACUCUCAAUGAUGGAAUCUCAACCUCAAUAGGGAGCACUGCUUCCAUACCAUAAACCAAAGAAAAGGGGGUUGCCCCGGUUGAAGUACGAACAGAUGUACGGUACCCAUGCAAAGCAAAUGGGAGCAUCUCAUGCCAGUCCUUGUACGUAACAACCAUCUUUUGCACAAUCUUCUUAAUAUUCUUAUUUGUUGCUUCAACAGCUCCGUUCAUCUUUGGCCUAUAAGGCGAAGAGUUGUGAUGUUCAAUUUUGAAACUUUCACACAGUUCUCUCAUCAUAUUGUUAUUCAGAUUCGAGCCAUUAUCAGUGAUGAUCUUGCUCGGUACACCAUAUCUGCAGAUGAUGUUGUUCUUGAUAAAUCUGACCACAACUUGCUUUGUUACAUUAGCAUAUGAAGCAGCUUCUACCCACUUGGUAAAAUAAUCGAUUGCUACCAGGAUGAAUCGAUGUCCAUUCGAAGCCUUGGGUUCAAUCAUACCAAUCAUAUCGAUACCCCACAUAGAGAAAGGCCAUGGGGAAGAAAUAACAUUGAGAAGUGUCGGGGGCACAUGAAUUUUGUCAGCAUAUACCUGACACUUGUGACACUUCUUUACAAACUUGUAGCAAUCAGAUUCCAUUGUCAGCCAAUAGUAACCUGCUCUAAGCAUCUUUUUAGCCAUCGAAUGUCCAUUGGCAUGAGUACCAAAAGAACCUUCAUGGAUUUCAUGCAUCAACAUGUCUGCUUCGUGUCUAUCCACGCAUCUGAGCAAAACCAUGUCAUAAUUCCUUUUAUACAAAACAUCAGCAUUGAUGAAGAAACUGCCAGCCAAUCUCCUCAAAGUUUUCUUAUCCUUAUUUGAUGCCCCGAGUGGGUACUCUUGAGUCUGAAGGAAGUGCUUAAUAUCGAAAUACCAAGGCUUUUCAUCUGUUACUUCCUCAACUGCAAAUACAUGAGCAGGUCUAUCAAGACGCCUGAUUGUAAUCUGAGGCUCCUCAUUAUGGAAAUUCACUUUGUACAUGGAAGACAAUGUGGCUAAAGCAUCAGCCAUCUGAUUCUCAUCUCGAGGGAUGUGGUGGAAUUCAACUUUGUUGAAGAAUGUCAAUAACCUCCUGGCGUAAUCUUUGUAAGGGAUUAAACCAGGAUGACGAGUUUCCCAUUCUCCUUUAAUCUGAUUAAUCACAAGCGCAGAAUCUCCAUAAACAUCAAGAAUCUUAAUUCUUAGAUUAAUGGCCUCUUCAAGUCCCAUGAUGCAAGCUUCAUAUUCAGCAAUAUUGUUUGUACAAUCAAAACAUAUCCUUGCAGUAAAAGGAACAUGUGAACCCUGCGGAGUGACAAUAAUGGCACCAAUCCCAUGGCCAUGAACGUUAGAAGCUCCAUCAAAAAUUAAACCCCACUUGGAUUCAGGAUCCGGCCCUUCUUCUGGCAACGGUUCAUCCCAAUCUUGAGCUCUCAAAUACAUUAUAUCUUCAUCUGGGAAGUCCAUUCUGAUAGAUUGACGAUCAUCAAUUGGUUAGUGAGCGAGGUACUCUGCCAACACACUUCCUUUCACAGCUUUCUGAGCUCGAUAUUCAAUAUCAUAUUCUGAUAACAACAUUUGCCAGCGAGCAAUCCUUCCGGUUAAUGCAGGUUUCUCAAAUACAUACUUAAUUGGAUCCAUUUUGGAAAUCAAUAGGGUGGUAUGGUUCAACAUAUACUGUCUCAGUCGGCGAGCAGCCCACACCAUAGCACAACAAGUUUUCUCAAGCAGCGAGUAUCUUGUUUCGCACUAGGUAAACUUUUUGCUAAGGUAGUAUAUUACAUACUCUUUUCGACCAGACUCGUCAUGCUGACCCAAAACACAUCCCAUUGAAUUUUCAAGCACUGUGAGGUACAUAAUCAGAGGUCUUCCCUCAGCUGGAGGGAGCAAAAUUGGAGGUUCAAGCAGAUAUUCUUUGAUGUUGUCAAAAGCUUUUUGACAAUCUUCAUUCCACACACAUCCCUGAUUUUUCUUUAACAACUUGAAGAUUGGCUCACAGGUAGCAGUCAUAUUGGAGAUGAACCUGGAGAUAUAAUUCAAACGUCCGAGGAAACCUCUCACUUGUUUCUCAGUCUUUGGUGCUGGCAUUUCCUGAAUUGCUUUAACUUUAUCAGGAUCCACUUCAAUUCCUCUCCGACUGACGACAAAACCCAAUAAUUUUCCGGAACGGACACCAAAAGUGCAUUUGUUUGGAUUUAAGCGGAGACGAUACUUUCUCAAACGCUGAAACAACUUUAAAAGAUCUUCCAUGUGCCCUUCCUCUGACUGGGACUUGGCAAUCAUAUCAUCCACAUAAACCUCAAUUUCUUUGUGCAUCAUAUCAUGGAAAAGAGUGGUCAUGGCCCUCUGAUAUGUCGCGCCAGCAUUCUUCAACCCAAAAGGCAUCACUUUGUAGCAGAAUGUCCCCCAUGGCGUGAUAAAGGUUGUCUUUUCCAUGUCUUCAGGUGCCAUCUUAAUCUGGUUGUAUCCUGAAAAACCAUCCAUAAAGGAGAAAACCUCAAACUUUGUCGUGUUAUCUACCAACAUAUAAAUGUGAGGUAGAGGAAAAUCAUCUUUCGGAAUGGCUUUGUUCAAAUCUCUAUAAUCAACACACAUGCGAACUUUUCCGUCUUUCUUCGGAACAGGCACAAUAUUGGCAAUCCAUUGAGGAUAUACAGAAGUGACAAGGAAACCUGCGCCUAUCUGCUUCAAGACCUCAUUCUUAAUCUUCUCCGCCAUAUCAGGAUGACUUCUUCUUAGCUUUUGCUUGACAGGAGGGCAUUCAGGUUUCAACGGAAAACGAUGCUCCACAAUAUCUGUGUCCAACCCAGGCAUGUCUUGGUAGGACCAUGCAAAAAUGUCAACAUACUCUUUAAGAAGCUCUACCAUCCCUUUCUUAACAUCUUGACCAAGCAGUGCCCCAAUCUUGACUUCCUUUUUAUCCUCUUCAGAACCCAAGUUGAUGACUUCUAACGGCUCUUUAUAUGGCUGAAUGGUGUCUUCCUCGUGCUCAAGCAGUCGGGAAAUCUCAUCAGGAAUACAUUCAUCACUCUCUUCUUCCGCCUCAUACACAGGACACUCGAAGUUAGGAGAGGGUGCAGGGUCAUUACUUUCAACGGUUUUAUUGAUUAAUCUGCACAAAUGAUUAUUAUUUCAGGAAAAGGAAAGAUAUAUGCAAACAUGUAAUAGUGCAGAUUAUGGCAAAUGAAAACAUUUUUAAGGUUUUUUGUGUUACCACUUUCCAGAAAAAGAAAAAAGAUAAAAAGCAUUUAUAUGCAGAAACAAAAUGACUUUUAUUGAUGAUUUUAAUGUUUAAAACAUACAGAAAACAGCCCCAACAACUUCACUUUCAUCUUGGGCAGAAUGAAAGGAUUUUGAAAAACAUAAAAGCAAAUUACUUUGAAGCAUGAGUACACUCAGGAAUGUCAAUGGUGAUCUAGUUCUUAAUCAUCUUUCCAUGGGUCACAAAGUUUGGCACCUCUGGCUCUGAUUCGUCUUCAAUAAUAGCGUUCACUUCUGGAGGAGUCGGAUGUAGAAACCCAGCACUAUGGAACAUCUCUUGAUAAGGACGAAAAGCAAAUUCAGGCUUCAUCACAGACUUGUCUGAGGCAGAAAAUCCCAGACCAGCUCUAUUCUUGUUCUCUUGAAGACUCACCACUUGUCCCCAGACUCUUGAAUGUCCAUUCUGAACUACCAGUUGAGCAUCUUUGAAGGAGGCAAUGGAAGCUUCAUCUUUUUUGAACUCAUCAUUAACAGACAGGGCUUGGAAUGCAGUUCCAAUGGCCACUUCAUCGACUUCUAUGGUACGGAACGAAGAGAGAUGACUAAUCAGCAAAGCUUGUUCUCCAUUCACAACAACCAUCUUUCCAUCUUUCACGAAUUUCAAUUUUUGGUGGAGAGUCGAAGUGACUGCCCCAACCUCAUGGAUCCAUGGGCGUCCCAAUAAGCAACUGUAUGCAGGGAAAAUGUCCAUUACUUGAAAAGUAAUCUUGAAGACAAACGGUCCGAUACCAAUAGGCAAAUCAACCUCUCCAACCACUGAUUUCUUCGAUCCAUCAAAAGCCUUGACAAUCACAUUACUAAAUUUCAUUGGUGUGCCACCAUAAGACAGCUUAGCAAGAGUGGAUUUUGGCAUGACAUUCAGAGAUGAUCCAGUAUCGAUCAACACAUUAGACAUUGAGUCCUCUUUGCAACUGACAGAGAUGUGCAAAGCCAAAUUAUGAUUUCUUCCUUCCUCAGGCAAAUCUUCAUCACUGAAACUCAGAUUGUUACAUGCAGUGAUAUUACUCACAACCCCAUUAAACUGAUCCAGCGUCACAUCAUGAUCCACAAAGUCUUGAUCAAGUAUCUUCAUCAAAGAAUCUCUAUGAGCAGGAGAGCUCGUCAGCAGCUCCAUUAUAGAGAUCUUGUACGGAGUGCGAUGCAACUGAUCCUCAAUCUUAUAAUCACUCAUCUUGAUAAGCUUCAAAAUCUCAUCCAUCUCCUUUCCUGAAGACGACCCUUCAUUAACUUUUGUCGCAUCAUUCACAGGCACUUGAGUAGGAUUCCUCUGGACAUCCACAACUGUUUGGGGCUGAGUAAAAACUCGUCCACUUCUAGUCACUCUACUAACAUCUGCUAUAUUCUCAACAGAAGACAGAGGCUUAAUCUCGAUUUCUUUCCCAGCUUCCAGCAUGGUGGCAUUGUAUUUGUAAGGUAUAGCUUUAUCAGAACUAUAAGGUACAGAUCCAGGCAAACAUAUCACAAGAGGUUCUACAGCAGCUUUGCCAUAAUAACCAAUCUCUACACAUUCCGGGAUUUCAAAGCAUGGUUCAAUCACAUUGACAUCAUCUUCAUCUCUGUCCCUCAGAAUCUCAAUGAGCCUUUGAUCUAUCAUCUCUUGUAAGUCUCUCCUCACAAUAUAACAUCCUCGAGGAUUAACUGAACAAAUCCUACAAGCAGCAUGAUUAUGCUCAUAAUGACUGUAUUCACACAGAGUGGCAUGCAUCUCUACCAAUGAUCCUCUGAUGUGUUCCACACGAUAAAUCUUAUACUUCCCAGGGCAUUCAUACACCAUAUUCACAGCAGACACUUCAUGAGUCGACAAUGGAUUGUUCUGCACAUUUGGGCCAAUAUCACGGAAGGAAAGCAUACCAGAAUGAACCAAUCUCUGAACUUCAUUCUUCAGGGACCAACAGUUUUCCAAAUCAUGCCCAGGAGCAUUCUGAUGAAAAGCACAAGUGGCAUCAGCUUUGUACCACCAAGGGAGUUUCUCCAGAACAGGGGGUGGUGACCUUGGUUGAACCAACUUCUUAUGAAUUAAUGCGGGAUACAGUUCAGUGUACGUCAUGGGGAUAGGAUCAAUAUUAACCCGAGGAUACGGAUUCCGCAUUGCUGGUUGUUGAUUAACAGGAUCUACAUGCACUGAAUUCACAACAGGAGUUACUGACGCCACUUGUUGAGAUUGAUUUCUAAACCAACUAUUCCUCCCAUGAGAAAUAGCAUUAGCAUCUGAUUCCUUCUUCUUCUGGAAUGAAGAACCAAACUUCUUCGCACCACCAGACGAAUUGUCAUUCCGAACCAGACGGCCUUCUCGCACAGCUUCCUCUAACCUGACACCCAUACCCACCAUUUCGGUGAAGUCUACAGAAGCACUUGCAAUCAUUUUCUCAUAGUAAAACGGACCAAGAGUCUUCAGAAAAAUCUUAGUCAUCUCUUUCUCUUCCAUCGGAGGAAUCACUUGGGCGGCAACUUCACGCCAUCUCUGAGCAUAUUCCUUGAAGGAUUCCUUCUCUUUCUGCAUCAUAGCUCGCAAUUGAUCUCUAUCAGGAGCCAUGUCCACAUUAUACUUGUAUUGCUUCACAAACGCUUCAGCCAAGUCAUUAAAAGUGCGAAUAUGGGUGCUAUCAAGGCCCAUAUACCACUUAGAAGCGGCUCCAAUCAAACUGUCUUGGAAAUAAUGGAUCAACAGACGUUGAUCAUCAGUGUGAGUGGACAUCUUCCUUACAUACAUCACCAGAUGUGCCUGAGGACAGGAAUUUCCUUUAUACUUCUCAAAUUCAGGUAGCUUGAACUUAGCAGGUACCUUCACAUUGGGAACAAGGCAAAGAUCAUGCACAUUCUUUCCAAACAGUUCUUUCCCACGCAGGGCUUUCAUUUCUUUCUGCAGUUCUUCAAACUGAUCUUGGAAACCAUCCAUUCUGUCAUGAAUUUCACUUGGAGCAGCAUCAUAAAUGGGCUCUGGGACAAAAGGACCAGUAUGAACAAUAGGAGAUGUGUUGACCAUAACAGGAGUCAACGGACGAGUCAUCUCAGGAACAGACAAAUAACCUUCAGGCAUGCCCCAGGGAUAUCUGUUGCACCCCAAAAUUUGCCCUCUUUAUUUGAGCUAUAAGUUAAUAAUGACGUUUAUUUCAUCAUUCAAAAAUUGAAGAAAAAUAAUAAAGAGUUUUCAUGGGUUUAAGAAGAAAGGCGUGAAAAAUGGUUUAAACAGUGGAAAUACGAGAAGAUUCGCAAGUCAUAUUUGGAAGGUGAUAUGAGCUAAGUUCCCGCAUUGUCCUGACUGUUUCGACGAUAUCUACAACUUUCGUGUUCGUCUCAGAAGUCAAUUCUUUGAGGAAUGUUGCCAAAUUCGCAAAUUACUUGAGAUUUCGCAGUGAAAAACAGUGCUGAAUGUAGGGUUUCGUCCCUCGGAAAAUUCAUAUCUCCUAAUCCGCUUGUCGGAUUCGCUUGAAAAUUUAACUGGAGCUCCGUGUCAUCAUUACCAAGAUUUCAUAUGUUCGGACCGAAGAACAAUUAUGCAUUGAAAACUCCCAGCAUUUUGAAGAACAUUGUAAUCUUUCGGUAAAAAGUGUAUUUCCGGGUAUGUCGCGCCGAGUUUGAAAAUUCAUAACUUCUUCGAUUUUUAUCGUAUGAAGUCCAUUCCGGCGGCAUUUUCUCAGAAAUUUCGUUAGCUUCGAUUCUUCGUCACACAUGCUUGUUCAGAUUUUGAGCCGAAGAUGGAGUUUUAUCGAGUUCUUUGAGCGGUACUCACAAAAUUCUGCACAGUCGCACCAGAUGAAUCGGCGUUUCUCGUCGUUCAAACGGGCGUAUUUUCUUCAUCGCUUAUCGGAUUGAGGUGAUUCUCGCGGCGAUGAGUCACGAAUUUGGUCAUCUUCACAGUGGCAUUGGUUUCGUUUCGGAAUUCAGAGCCGAACCGAGUUUCCUUAAAAACGAGCCAAAAUAAGACGCACCGAGGGCAAUUUGGACAUUUCGCGUUGACAAUAUAUAAACAUUUUGCUCUUCACAAAUCAAAGGGGGACUCUCAUAAUUUGAAUUCACCAAUUCUCUUCACAAACACUUUCUCUCAAUUCUCUCUCAAUUUUCAUAGAUCAAAACCACAAAUUACAUAAAACUUCCAUCAAGAUUCAUCAAUCUUCAUCAAGAUCAAGAACAUGGAUUGAAGAGUCAAGAUCGAAGUUCGAAUUUCUCUUCCUCUUCUCCUUGCAUCUCGCGCGCCCUCACUCUCUCUCCUUCCGGAUUUCGUUCGAGUUCGUGUCGCGUUCGUGUCGUGUUCGCGUUUGCAUCGUGUUCGGGUUCGUGCUUCAGUUAGAUCUUCAUUCGGUAAGCUUUCGGAUCUCAAAUUAAGUGCUUAAUUGUUGAUUAUUAUGUGAAUUCGGAUCUAGAUCUACCUCUUGUUCUUGAUUAAUUGAUAAUUGAUGAUGAUUGAUCGGUGAAUUUGUUUAUACUUUGUUCGAAUUUGUCGUGUUCAUGUGAAUUGUGUUUGGAUUUUAUGUUGAUUGCAUAUAAUUGUUGCUCGUUGAUGAUGGAUUGUGAUAUUCGUGUUCGAAUCCGUGAUUAUUGGAUGAUUUUGUGUGCUUAAUUGUUGAUGUUCAUGUAUGUUACUUGUGUCGCACUCAAAGUGUUUGCACAGAUGCAUGUGUAGUGCUUUUGCUUAAUAUUUGCCUUGCUUGACGCGUCGCACUUAGCAUGUUUAUUGAUAUGUGACUCACUUGAUUCGCGAAUUUACGUAUAGCAUGAAUUUUCAAUGUUUGUUUGCUCUAAUUUCAAGUUGGAACGGUUUCCCCCUGUGUUUUUGUACUAGGAACCGGGUUGUCCCUAGGUGGGAACCGGUUCCCAGUUUUCUGUCUCUGGUUUUUAGUACCAGGAACCGGGUUGUCCCUAGGUGGGAACCGGUUCCCAGUUUUCUGCCUCUGGUUUUUAGUACUAGGAACCGGGUUGUCCUAUGCAGGAACCGGUUCCUGUGUGCAAAUUUUGUGUUUUCUUUUAUAACUUCAAUCUUGCAUAACUUUUUACUCGUAACUCCGAUUUGCACGUUCUUUAUAUCGUCGGAAAGCUUAUGAGAUGUACUAUCUUACUAGAUGCUUUGUUUUCAUUAAUUUGUAGAUCAUCCAUGUUUGAUUUCUCUUUGAUUUUUCAUUGUCCAUUUCAUGUUUACCUUACUUGUCGAUUUCCUUUCGUUUUAUGGUAAUAACGCAAUUCCGAUUGCGAUGUUUGUUAUCUCUAACUUGUGUGCUAGUGUGCAAGGCUCUUGGAUAGACACCGAUCGGCACUUGUUACUUGUGUGUUCCAUUUCAUUUGCGGGACACAAUCCUAUUCACUCGUAACGUGUUCUCAUCCGGGAGACACGAUCCCUUUUGCUUUAUAUCUGCUUGUUUGGUUUGCUUGUUCCUCUUGCAGGUGUAUUGCGAUCAUGCUUGAUGCAUACGUCGACCUUUGUGUGCUUUCAUGGCUAAUCGGUGUGCUGACCAUUUGCUUUUGCUUUGCUAGCUCGCUUGCGGGAUUCUACUUUCUUCGCUUUGCUUCGCUUUAGUUUACGGAUCAUCAUCCGUUUGGUAUUGAUCCCGUUUCAUUUUACUUUUCUCGCACUUUAUCGCUUUACCGCAUCAUCCAAUAACAUGAGAAGUAGGACCUAGACAUGCAUCUGGCCAAGUCCUCGAAAGAGGCUCUGUUUUUGUUGGUGUGUUUAUAUUUGUGCUUUGCGGCAGGGAGUCACGGUGUAAUAAGUCCUAUAUGGCACUCCGUUAAGUCCUCAUUGAAGGCACGCGGGAAGGGUUAGCAAUCAACCCCCGCCUAGUCUCAUCGAGUCUGUUCAGUAUGCGCACGCUUCGCGUUGCUCGCUUCCGAACCUGCACAAGAUCUUGUUAUCGAGUAUGUCAGGAAAAGGGUUCAUGUAGCCGGACCCCCGCCUUUCCUAUAGCUUGCGUCGCUCGACGUUGAUGCUCGGUGUACGCACGCACCGUUUUCCUUUAUGAUCCGUGACGGCUUGGUUGCUGAGAGGGGUCCGCCCUCUUGUCUAUGGCCCGAUCAUUUUCGCGAGGUAUAAUGCUUGGUUGACUUGGGUUGAGCUGCUCCCCUUGGCUAUGGCGGGACCGCUUUUCUACCACUCGGUCAGUACCGUUGGUUUUGUUUGCUUUACGAGCGGAUUCUCGUUUGUGUGCUAUACUUGUGUGCUUUCCCUUUUCCCUCGUAGGUUGUUAGUUUAGUUUAGACUUGUACCCUUUGUAUGAUAACAUUAGGUAGCGAGCUUCCCCCCCUUAACUUAGGUCUUCCUCAUGCAUUCUUUAAAACACAAACCACACUCUUUGAUUUUCUUUUCUUAAGAGCUUGUUAUUUCCGCUCCAUUCCCAAGCAUAAGUCUCCAAAGGUCGAGCAGCGGAGUGUGAAUGUAACUUGUUCACCUAAAAAACACAAAACAAACAAAAAUUAGUUAGCCGAGCUACGGUAGCUCUGAUUCUGCAAAACAGAUACGUAGGCAGCGGGGUAGGGCCCGUGCGAGCAUAAUCCUUUCUUUUCCCUACAUUCUGCAUUCAUUUUAGUCCAGAUUAGCGUAGAUUUGUUACACACCCAUAGUUUUAGACACAGACGUGGAUACCAUCGAGAACGAUGGGCGCGAGGGGUGCUAAUACCUUCUCCUCGCGUAACCGACUCCCUUACCCUUUUUCUCUGGUCGUGAGACCGUUGUUUUGUUUUGUGGUUUGCUGGCAUUCCCUUCCUUUUCAGGAUAAAUAUGUUAGUGGCGACUCUGUUAAUUUUCGCGGUAGCGACAAUAUCCAUUAGGCAUACGUUGCUUAGUAGCACCAGCAGGAACAGCAGGAAUGGUUGUAGCAGCAAUUUCAGAAAUCACAGUGGUCUGACCCUGAGCUUGGGCAUUGGGAGUAGGAACUUGAUUCUGAUUCUGAGCAGCCAUCAAUGUCUCAACCAGAGCAGUGAGACGAUCCACACCAGAUCUCAAAGUAACAACCUCUUCACGUAGCUCACGAUUUUCUUGUUCAAGACCUUCCAUCUUCUUCUUGCAGUUAGCUCGAGUGUUAUACUGGUGAGACAGCUUGAUUCUGUAUGAAGAACACUGAAUAAGACCUCGGGAAUACUCUCGGAAGCAAGACCAAAAUGCAGAAUGAUGCAUGAAAUGCAAUGCGAAUGAUUUUUAUUUUGGUUUUCAAGGAACUUUAAGACAUUAAUUGUAAACAUUAGCAAAAACAACAUAAUAAAAUUCUUCAUUAAUAAUAGAAAAGCUUACAAAAGGAUUCAAAGAUCCAAAAUUACAAAACAAAGGAAAAGCUAAAAACUAGAAGGGAACACUUCUGACGAAGAUCCAAUUCCUCUCUGCAGCUUCCUACGGAGCUUCUCCAACUCAUCUUCAUAAAAGGCCUUCAAAUGAGCAUUCUCGACCAUCAACUUAUCAGCAACUUCCUUCCAUGCAACUGAAUCUUCUUGUGGUCUCUUUCGCUUUUCUCCAUGUUGUUGAAGCAACUCUUCUUGAUGACGAAUCUGAUCAUCCUUUUCCAUCAACCAACCAUCUUGGAUAUCAAGCAUUUCAUCUUUUUCUUUCAAGUGUAUCUUCAACUCUUUGUUCUCCAGUUCCGAAGCAUGAAACUUCUUCUCCCAAGCAUCUCUUUCCAACCUCAUCUUAGCCACGAGCUCUAGAUGCUCCUCACCACUUUCAACAGGAAUAGUGGAAGACAAAGGUGGAGUAAUGAGUAGAGAAGGCUCCUCGAGUAAAUAAGGCAUCUGAAAAGUAUGAGCUCUAGCCUGAACCCAAUCAAUAUAGUCUUUGAGAGCAACACAUUGUUUCGUCCCCAAAUGUCUCUUCCUAUCAACAUGGUGCCAAGCACGCACAAACCGAUUUCUCAUAUCCGAAUUUCCAUCUUGAUUAAGAUAGAAGAUUCCUGACACAAGAAUACUAGCGGGUCGCUCCUUCAUGGGGUAACAAAAUUGACGCCUUGCAAGAAUGGGGUUGUAGGUAAUUCCUCCUUGUAUACCAAGAAGAGGUACAUUAGGGAAUUCUCCACAACUAUCAAUAAUCUCACCAAUGUCAUAAGCGGGAUUAUACCAAUGGAUAUUCCCAUUAGUAAGAGGCAUGGUCUUCUGAGACCAUGAGAGACCAUCAGGAUUGUUCAAGAAACUCUUAGCUUGAGGUAAGUGCGAAAUAAACCACUUAUAGAGCAAAGGAGUGCAGCAGUUGAUAAGUCCACCUUUCUUAUCAUUCCUAUGGUGAAUGGAAUGAUAAGUAUCCCCAAGCAAAGUAGGAACGGGAUUCCCAAUCAUGAAAAUCCGAAUAGCAUUAACAUCGACAAAGUUGUCAAUGUUGGGAAAGAGUAUCAAACCAUAGAUGAGCAAGGCCAUAAAUGUCUCAAAAGCAAUCAUACUUCCUUUACUAGCCAAGAUAGAAGCCUUUCCAAUCAAGAACUUAGAAGUCAACCCCCAAAUUCCUCCUUUUUUGGUCAUGUUUGCUUUCACAUCUGAUAUCUUUAAAUGAAGAAGCUCUGCUAUUUCAUCAACCUGAGGCUCUUUCUCUAGACCACUAAACGGUAUGUCAUUCGUAACCGGCAAACCAAUCCAAUAAGAAUACUCCUCCAAAGUGGGCAUAAGCUGGUAAUCAGGAAAGGUGAAACAAUGAUAAACCGGGUCAUAAAACUGCACAAGAGUCUCAAGAAUCCCCUUUUCCACUUUGGUCUUCAAGAUAGAGAUCAAUUUCCCAUAACGGUUUUUGAAGUUGUCAAGAUUAGGAACCAAAGUUGCUAGUUCUUUCAAUUCUUUUGCACUUGAAUUCCUGAAAGUGUACUUUUUGAUGCUUCUCUUUUGAUCCAUGGUGCCUGUGAUAUUUACAAAGAAAGUCUCUAAGUUCCUUGAAAACCAUUUGUAAAGGACAUUUUUAUGAAUGCAUGAAUGCAUGGUUUAUGCAUCAACCACAAUCAAGAGCACACAAGAUCACAUCAAAUCACACAAAAUCACACAAUCCAGGCUCUUAGGUUCGACGUCACGAGCAUGGAGCCAUGGGUCUACCCAUCCCACAAGGUGUGAUCUAGGGAGUUUUGUACCUGCCAAUCGGGUUCUACAAAGGUUCCCAGAGUUUUCAAUCUUUUUAUCGGAUAUUACCGGCACGCACAAUUGCUAAUGGGCGCCAAUAAUAUGCCUAAAAAGACCUUGUCUGAGCGUAGUAUCGCAUGACAACAAGCUCAAAUUGGUACUUGAUCUUGUUUCUGCACUACAUCCUAAAAAGGCUUAGAUUGGUUAAAAGGGUUCUAGGUCAUUCAGCUUCUACGGGCACUCACUAUUGAAAGUAAUAGCGUUAUCAUGAUGGUUCGUAACAACCUCUACUACCUUCCAUGAGGCCUCCACUGAUUGGGGUUCCACCAUAUGACGCUCAUGGUAAGGAUUGCUCCUGACAUGCGACUAUUGGUCUUACCACCUCCUAUCUCAAGUUACUCACCAAAGUUCGGGUUAGAACUUUGUCUCAUCACAGAGGAACCAUCGAGCACCAAAAAGAAAAAAAAACAAACAAAGCACACAACAAUAUAUACAGAUAAAACACACAGAUAAACAAAAAUAGGCUUAACACACUUAAAAAACUGGAUCCCCAUGAAGUCGCCAUUUUUCUGUAGCGGGGAAAAUCUGAUAUCGAAACCAUGAGAUUGACUCGAAUCAAUAUUUCGUUUGAAAUCGCCACCGCGCUUUAUUGUUUCCAAAGGAAAGGGGAAAAGAACGUAAAACCCAAAGUUUUGUUUUUAAAACAAGAAAGAGAUCUCAGGUACGGGUGUUGAUUAUAUGAGGGGAAGGUUUUAAGCACCCCUCAUAUCUGUGGUAUUCCACAAGAACCUUUUUGAAAAUCUGUGUUGUGUGUGCUAAAAAAACGGUUUGUUUUAUUUUUAAAAUAAGCUCGGCAAAGCGUUUAAGCUUUGGGCCUACAUACCUCCUCGGUGCAAUGGAGAAGUCAGAGCUAAUGUAGUUCCGCUUAAAGGGAAAACAUUUAAAAAAAACGAAUAAACACUUUGUCGUCGUCGGAGAGAAAUACUCAGCCAUUGAUCUUGAGCAUGAGAACAAACGAGUUCUUUGCAUCGCAAAUGAAAGAAAGGCUCCAACUCGGAUAAAAUCAACGAGUAUGCCACUAGCUCUCUCACGCGGAAAAGAUCUCAUUUUAUCAAUCAAUUUCAAAAUCAUGGGGUAUAACCACUCGUUUCGACAAUUAACAGUGUCUAAACUUUUGAAGAAAAGCCACUAAGGGCAAAAGAUAUUUUUAAAGAAAGAAGGUUUUGAAAAGGUUUUACAAACAUAAGAAUAUUUUGGAAAAAGGGAGAAGAUUUUGAAAAUCUAAGAAGUGGGAGGAGAUGAAGAGGCUAACCUAUUGCGUAAAAUAAAAGCUAAGGAAAGAAACGGUCUAACCGAAAUAAGAAGCCAACACUUGACAUUAAGAGUCAAGGUAGAUUUCCCAUCCUUUGGACUUAUCAAUACCAACAUAUUAACACUUGGGGAUCCAGGUGAAUUUAUUAUCUUAGCACCACUUCGCAUUAAGCACAUUAAGAUUGUGACGAAAAUCGGGCAGAGUAACGGCUGUUUUCGGGUAAAAUCCUUAUAUCAAUGCCUUGGAAUUAACCAUCAAGGGCUUUCAAGGAAAUACCUGCACACAUAAACAGACAACAAUCCAAUGCCAGACAAACAGAAUAACAACAGAAUAAUAACGGAAUGAGAGUCCAGAGGUACUAAGUCCAUAAGUCCGAAUCUCCAAAAUGCUAGGGAUAGUAACCAAUAGUCCAAAAGAGAGCCUUAAGUGUUUUUUUAGAUUUUUGUUGUUUAUUAGUGUUUUAGCAUAAAAGUAAAGUAUGGUCCAAGUGGACAAAGAGAAAAUGGCGGAAACAUAAACAUCUGUCCAAAUGGACAAAGAGAAAAUAGCGGAAUGUAAAUAUGAUGAAAUGAUAAAAUAAAGCGAUAAAGCGAGAAAUAUAAAGAGCAAUAUAAUAAAGUGCGGAAAUUAAAGUCAAUUGUUAGAUGUUAAAGAUAACCAUCUUGAAACUUGUCAAGUAUGUUAUCAAAGUUAGUAAUGAAGAUCGAUGGUGAGUGAAGGAUGUUCUCGGAUUUAAAGUCAAUGGAAACUUAUCAGAAGCUUGAUAAAAUCAUAGCGACUACACGAUAAAUUUCCAUAAGUCUUAAAUCAACCGCAUACAAUUCUCUUCCAUAUUUGAUCUUUUUAUUUGGGACACGAAAUAUUGCGCUAUGUUAAGCAGAUCGCCAAGUGAUUUAUGUAGAAAUCACCCUACAACGAGGCCGGUCAAAACUUUAUGUGCUAAUGCAUGCGAGAGAAAUGAUAUGUAGAUCAUUCUCCGAAAGCAAUACCGCACGAAAAGAAAAUAGGUAAUGAUCUAGUCUUUACUAAGAAUCCAUAAGAAUUCUCAAAGUAUUAAGACUUUCAUCGAUCAAAAGAAAAAAAGGAGAAGAAGAAGAUAAAAUGCAUAAAGAUAAUCAACUCACACUAUCAUUAAUAUCAUUCAUCUAAUAUUAUGGAUUUGGUUCUUUCAAACCUAUCAACAUCCUAGAUCCAAUGAUAUUAAUGAAGUGGAGGAAGUAGGAAACCAAAACAAGCAUAAAAAAGAAAAAAAAACACAUUCUGCCAGUAGGAAAUCGAUUUCAUGCAGGGGGAAAUCGAUUUCCAUAGUGCAGUUUUCAAAAAAAACAAGUUACGUUCAGCAGGAAAUCGAUUUCAGCCUUAAGGAAAUCGAUUUCAUCACUGUAAAUUUCAGCAAAAACAGCAUUUAAAGGCAUGAAACUUGAUUUGAACAAAUAUACAAACACCUUAUGAUCACAGAUCAACUUGAGCACGAAAUUUCCAUCACAAAACCAGCAAAUAUCAUCAAUAUAGCAUCAAAGAUGCAUUGAACACAAGCAAUAAAGAUCUACAUCAUGGAUCUAGCAAAUUACCACUUCUUGAACAAAAGUCUUGGAGUAGCUUCAAGAGCAAGCACAAAGUGUAUAGAUCCUUCAAAUUUGGAUAUGAACAACCAAAGAAAAGAGAGAAAUGUAGGAGGUUUAGUUAAAAAUUAGCAAGAUUCAUUGUGAAUCUCACUAAUCUUAUGAAAUAAUGGAGAUAUAAGGAUGUUAAUCCCUCGUCAACCCCUUUGAGCCUAAAGAAGCAGGAGUUUUCCUUCAUAUAAAAUAAAACCCUUAAUACAUAACCUGGGGUAGGGUAGCUGCUCAGUUAACUUAAUUACUCCAAAACUGUUCCUUUGAACAUAAUCACCGAGGGUUCCUCGUCAUCAUUAAGUCCGGCAGUCAAUAGCCGCCAAGAAAAAGAAAGCAAUGCAAAGGCCUGCUAAGUCAAAACCUAUUAAGGAUACUUAGGCAAAAUUGGGGCAUCCCGCUGACUGUAGUUUUAAAACGAACAGUUCAGGCAAAAGUUAGGGAUAACAAAGUCGAAAAAGAGGUUACUAUAUACCCUCAACAAAAGGAAAAUAUUACAAGAAAGGAAGACGGCUGCCUUUGCAAAUAAAUCUUUGGUUUUUAAACCAUCAUGAAUAUCAGUAUUCCCAAAGUCUUUUGGAACUUAAACGCGCAGUUAACUGAGCGUAUGACUGGAGAACAUCAUGAAGAUGGGGAUGGGUACAAAUAAACUUUGAGCCACUAUCCUUUGUUUCUUAAAACCGUGAACCAGGCCACGUUACAACCUUUAAAAGCCCUAACUGAAACAUGGUUAUUUUGAAAGCAUACCGUUACCAAAAGGACAGACAUAUGCAUUCGCAUCUUAUGAAUUUCAAUAUAAAGUACACUUGUCUAUGUGGAUUCAAAUGUUUAAACAUCAGGGAGAAGUUGCACGGGGCAUGGCUAAUGGCUGAAAAUCCUACUGACUGACGAAGUAGCUUUAAAAGCUUGUCAAAAGAAGAAACAUCUCUUACGCAUGACUGGGAUGGCUAAUGUGUACACAUGGCAUAACUCGUCAUUAUACCAUUUACAUGGGGCAAAUCUAAUCAAGAUCCAUAGAACCUCUCAAAGGCUCUGAAUAGCCCAUGGGGCAAGCCCCAUUACCUGGGGGCACGUUGCAAAGGUCACUUAGUAUCAGAUGGUGUCAAUUUCACUCUCACACCCUUUCCGCAAGCCUCUCUAGGUAGUCGUUCGUUAAAUACGUCUCUUAAACUCUUGAAAUAGUCUUCUUCAAGACAGGUUCAAAAAUCUCUUAUCCUUUCUAGGAGCUGUGUUCAGAAAGUCUAAGACGCAUCUUCUCGUCCUUUCUAUUUUUCGAAUCUUUUCAAAUAGUCUUCUCUAAGACAUAUCCCUUUCUAAGAACCUUUUCUAGGUAGUCUUCUGUAAGACAUCUCUUAACUUUUUCAGUUAGUCUCUCUUAAAAACACGUUCGAAUUUCUCUUAUGCUUCCAAGAACCUUGUCAAACUUUGUUCAAAGUACAGAGUCUUCUCUAAGACGGCCUCCUAUCCUUUCUAGGUUAAUCUUUUUCAAGAUGUCUUCUCCUAAGUUUCGUUUAAAACGCCACAUCCCAUAAAACAGUCUUUAUCCUUUAUAGGAAUCUUUUGACCCUCUUCACAAAUAUGUCGCCUUGAGUUUUGUUUAAAACACAGUCUUAUUUGAGACAAUUUCCCAUUCUUUCCAAGGACCUCUAUAGGUAAUCUUAUAGAAAACAUCAUCUCAUUCUGAGUACUCAGCAAACCACUGUCCGUCGGAUGCGACCGAAACGCAUGACUCGCUCUGAAAAGCAUCUACUUCACAUUCAAAUCAAUACUUAGCAUCAAGGGUACCUCGAGAUUGAUCUAACCAAAGGCGAUCAUUUCAGAUAAAGACUCUUGAAUGGGGAAUCCAUGUUCAGAGGGUUUUCCUAAAAACAGGGGCAUACAAUCAAGGCUCCUAUUGACUAGGGGCAUAUCUUUCAAGAAUUCAAACACUGGGGCAAUGCAUAUCAGGCAAGACAUGGUGAAACUCGAGUUCUCUCUAAAGGUCCUUCCUUCAGAUUAAGGGGCACGUCUCUCAAAAUUUCUGAUAUUGGGGAAAUCACACUAGAAGCAUUGUUGCAUAAUUGGUCUUCCCACGCCUGUAUUAUCUACGACCUGCAAUGUGGGAUCGUCAUACAUACAUAAUUCUCAUUUAUUUUGAGAAUCUCAUUACAUGACACAUGUGUCAUGACAUUGCAUAAAACUAACGCUGCCUUUUCAGGUCACUUCAUAAUCAAAAGGAUGUUAUCAUCCAAUUACAGUGCGAAUACGAUCGUAUCGACGAUUCAAUCUUAACAGACACAAUUCUAAUACCUCAUUCCAAGUCUUUCUUCAAAGACAAUCCAGAAGCAAUCAAAUAAUUUCUUACCUUUCCAGGUAGCCUUGUCCAAAACGAUUAUCAACCUUUCCAAGCAGUCUUGUUUAAGACGUAUCCUAUCCUUUCUAGGUAGUUUUGUUUAAAACGUAUCGUGCCCUUUAUAGGAACCUUUCUAGGUAGUUUUGUUUAAAACGUAUCGCGCCCUUUAUAGGAACCUUUCUAGGUAGUUUUGUUUAAAACGUAUCGUUCCCUCUAUAGGAACCUUUCUAGCUAGUUUUGUUUAAAACGUAUCGUGCCCUUUAUAGGAACCUUUCUAGGUAGUUUUGUUUAAAACGUAUCGUGCCCUUUAUAGGAACCUUUCUAGGUAGUUUUGUUUAAAACGUAUCGUGUCCUUUAUAGGAACCUUUCUAGGUAGUUUUGUUUAAAACGUAUCGUGCUCUUUAUAGGAACCUUUCUAGGUAGUUUUGUUUAAAACGUAUCGUGCCCUUUAUAGGAACCUUUCUAGGUAGUUUUGUUUAAAAAAGUAUUAUAUCCUGUCUAGGAGCAUUUCUAGGUAAGUCUUGUUUAAGGUAUCCCGUAUCCUGUCUAAGAGCCUUUCCAGGUGAGUCUUGUGUAAGACGUAUCACAUCCUUUCCAAAAACUUUUCUAGGUUAGUUUUGUUUAGGACAUAUCUUACCUUUCUAGGUAAUCUUCUUCAAACAUAUAGGCGUAUCGUAUCGUUCCUGGGAACCUUUCUAGGUUAGUCUUGUGUAAGACGUAUUUUAAUCUCUCUAGACACUCUUGUUAAGACGGUUCAUAUCCUUUAUAGGAACCUGUGUAGGUAGUCCUGUUCAAGACGUUUCAUAUCUUUUUAGGAGCCUUUCUAGGUGAGUCUUAUUUAAGACAUAUCAUGCCUUUCUAGGUAGCCUUCUUAAAAUGUUCAUCCAAUCUUCUAUAAGACAUACCUAGUUCUUUUAAAGAAUUCCUUAGUUAGUCUUCUCCAAGACAUUCUUCCUAAGCAUUGUUCAAAGCAUAAGCUUUUUCGCAUCAACCUUUGGUAUACCCUAUUCAGGAACCUCUUCAGGUAGUCUUAUGUAAAAGAUUACUUCACAUCUCUUCAGAUGCAAUCAAAUGAUCCAUGUCUGAAAAGCAUAUGCUUUAGACAAAGUAUCUUGUCAAGCAAAUGGAUGGCAUCUUUAAGCCCAUCUCAAAAAACAGUUUCCUACACCGGCAGUCGCAAAUUUCUGUGUAUUCUAGUGUUCAAUCCUCUUCCACCACCAGAUCACAAUAGGCGAACAAGCCAAUCUACCUCUUCAGGUUUAAGAAGAUUGAACAGGGGCAGCUGUCAUACCCCAAAAUUUUCCUUCCAUAUUCUAUUCACAAUGAAUCAAAGUUUAAGAGAUUCAUCCAGUCAUUCUCCUGAGCAAGAGUCUUCUAAAUCUAGGGUUUGGUAUUCUCCUGAGGGAACUAGCAAAACAAGGUCUCUAAUGAAGUUCUCCAUGGCCCAUCAUGAUCUAAGAUACCUCUAUGAUAAAAGUCAAGGCCCAAUUCCAAAGGUCACUUGUUCAAACCGCUCAAAAGAUUCACAGUCAACUGGUUUGACCUAAAAGUCAAACAUAAUCAAAGCACAGUCAAAAUAUCCCAAGUUUGGCCAACAUCAAGUGUGUGAGAGUAUAUCCAUCAUUUGAUCAAAGGUUGAUCAUGAUCCAUCAAUAGAAACUCAUAGAUGAACAAAUACAAAAAGGUUCAAAUUAGGGUUUCUUUAGGAGAAAGUCAACCCAACUUUGACUGGGAAUAACUUUCACAUGGAACAUCAAAAAUGCCCCACUCAAAGCCUAUUUUGAAGGAAAUUGUAUUUUCUACAACUUUGUCUAUCACAAGCCAAGGCCAGAAAUGGUUCAUUUGAGAGGUAUGAUGCAAAAGAUUACAGGUCAUUUUCAGGCAUCCUUCAAAAGCAGUUUUUUGUCAGAGAAGAUAUGAUCAAGAUAAAAGCUCCAAAUGAAAAAUAUGUUCCAAAGUGGCUUAUAGAGGACAUCUUGAGGUUUCUAAAAAGUCCUAGAACUCUCUCAUAGCUUAAAAAUUGAGUGAGAUAUGCUUGGUCAAAGUUGGGCAAAAUUUGGAGGCAAAAUGUGAAUGAAAGGGGGUUCAAAGUGGAAUUUUUUGCAAAUGGGCCUAUGGUAUUAUGAUUAAACCUUGGUCCACAAGUUAUCCAAGAUGCUAAAAUGACUUUCCACGAAUUUUUAUAGUUUUAUUUGAUUUUAUAUGAUUUUUAUUCAUUUAAAUGGUGAUUAAAAGUCAAAUAAGUCAAGAGGAAAUCCAAGAUAUGAUUUAAUGGCUUAUUCCAAUCAAAUCUAAUUAGCAAUUACACCAUAUUUCCUAUACAAAUUCGUUCAUAAUUAAAUUGGAAAGAAUUGGAGCAAAUUUGAUCAAAAAUAGAAAGAUAUAAAUCAAUUUUUCACAAAAUUGCAAGGAGGGAUUCAAGGAUCUUUUUGGGCCUUUCACUUGACCUAAUUCAUUCUCCUAUUAGUAGUAAAUACAAGGUAAGGGACUAGGGGAGGAAAUUCUGGGCAAAGAGGCAUAUUCAAGAACACCAAAAUUCAUCAAGAAACUUGGAUUCGGUUUCAUAGGAUCAAGAGGUUUUAAAGGAUUCUGAGCAUAACCACACGUUCCUUGGAGUAUUCUGAGUCUAUCUGGAUCAUCACACGGCUUCAGCACCCCCAGAUUAUUCUCCAUUGAGCCAAGGUUAUGUGCGAUUGUGAUGACGGUGGUGGUUCAUCAGUCGAAGAAAUUAAUGAUUGUCGGCAAAGUCACGGCUUCGGGCGAGUGAGAUCUUUUUUCCUUUUCUGCAAAAAAAAUAAAUAAAAAGAUUUAUACCAAUUGAAUUAAUGCUGUUAGAUUAUAGGGAUACUUGAAGUUUUAUGACUCUGGAAAAUUGGUCAUGUGUGGAGUCGGCCUCGGGACAGAAUAAGUCUUUGAGAAAAUAAGGGUCCUUUGUUUACAAGUUAGAGUCCCUUAUUUAUAAUGAAAAAAAAUUAGGUUAGACUAAAAAAGACUAAAUCACAACUUGAUGAUAAUUAACCAAUAAUAGUUGAAAUUUAAGAUCAAAUUUGAUUAGAUCUCUAAAUUAUAACUAUUUUGAUCAAUUUCCAUAGAAACUUGCCUAAAAUAAAAUGAAAUAAAAUCAAUUCAAAUAUUUUUGUAUUUUGGAUUUUUUGACUAAAAAAGCAUGAAAUCAAGAUUUAAAUAAAAAUUGAUAUUUUGAAGAUUGGUUAAAAAUAUAAUAAUAAAAAAACAAUUUUGUGAUAAAUAAAAAUAAAGUUAGUAGCAAAAUAAAAGAUGGAAAAAUGUCAGAAGUGGGAUUCGAACACGGGACCCCGCGCUAUUGUACCUUUUUGCACUCAAAUUCUUACCAAUUGUGUUAUGUCAAUUAUUCGAAAUAAAAUGACAUUUGUAAUUAUAUGAGGGCAAAUUUUGGGGUAUGACAGUAGAUACUGACUGCAUGACUUCUUGGUUUCGGGAAUCCAUCAUUAUUUGGUGUAAACAAUAGCUAGCAUAAUUGGGUUAACUGAGUAACUACCCUGCCCCAGGUUAUGAUUAAGGGUUUUAAAUUGCACAAGAAAGAAACUUCGACUCCUUAGGCUCAAAGGGUUUUACGAGGGAUUAACAUCCUUAUAUCUCCACUAUUUAGGAAUUGAAACAAUGCCUGUACAUCGUCAGCAUAGUCUGUUCAAAAGCAUCACUGUAUGAGGUUGCGGUAUCGUUUUCGUCAUCCUCCCUCAAAAGGCAUACAACUUUAGAGGGAGUCGAGUAUCACAAAACAUAUGCAAAGUAAAGACGCAAUUUAAAAUGAGUGAUAGCGAAAUAAAUUAAUCAAGACAAACAUAUGCAAUGCAUUAUUGAUGAUUAUUAAAACAUAUAAUGUUUAUCAUGAGUCAAAUGUUUCAACAAACAAAAUAGAAAUUGCGCAUGAGAAUAAGUCUAAUGAUUAAAAAGUUCAUCCUUCUAGACGUUAAUAUGUCUUGUCGUGAUUAGGCAUGGGAGCAGUGAUCACUACAGGUGUCUUGGGAGGGUUGAAUUCGAUUUCCCCAGCAUCGAUCAUAUCUUGGAUCUUGUUCUUCAAUGACCAACAAUCAUUCGUAUCAUGUCCAGGGCUAUUGGAAUGAUAUGCGCACCUCGCAUUGGGCUUAUAGCUAGGAGCGGAAGUGUUGGGCUUCACGGGAGGAUCCUUUAUAGUAAUCAAGUUUGACUUCAGCAGAUGUUGCAGCAUCUGAGCCAACGACAUAUUUAUCUUUAUGAACUGACACAUAGGUGCACCUGGCUUGCUUCGUUGUUGUGGAACUGCUUCAACAGAUAGGUUGCAUUUAUUGCGACCUUUCUGGUUGAACAUAGCAUUAUCCAUAUGAGGCUUCUCAGGUGAGUUGAAGUCAAUGAUCUUGUCGUCAAUUAAGUCUUGAAUCCUAUGCUUCAAUGGUCCACAAUCUUCAGUAUCAUGACCAGGGCUAUUCGAAUGAUAAGCAAAUCUUGCAUUAUACUUGCACCUGGUGUUAGAACAAGAUUUGUUCUGAUCAAUUAUCUUAGUUUUGAUGAUAACAAUAAUAUGAAUUUUGCUUAAGAUAAUAUGGUACUCUAAUCCAAUGCAAUUUCCCUUUCAGGAAAUAUAUAAAGAGUACGCAUAAUUCAGCGCUCAGAAGCUUUGUCUCAAGGGUUCAGCAUGCAACAUCAGAACAUGGUCUGGCAAGACAUCAGAAGAUGGUCGAAGCAGAAUCAGAACAUGGGUCUAUGGAAGCAUCAGAAGAACAUGAGAUCAGAAGCAUUAAAGCUCAGAAGAUGGUAUCACGCUCAGAAGCACUUCAAGGUCAGAAGAUCAGAAGAUGCUAUGCACCAAGCUGUUUGACUCUGAUGAUAUUCAAACGUUGUAUUCACAAACAUCAGAUCAGAAGAAAGUACAAGUGGCAAGCUACGCUGACUGACAAAAGGAACGUUAAAAGCUAUUAAAGGCUACGUCAGUAGACACAGCGUGAACAAGGCUCGAGGUAGUUGACAAAAGCGUAUAACAUUAAAUGCGAUGCUGUACGGAACACGCAAAGCAUUAAAUGCAUUCAACGGUCAUCUUCUCAACGCCUAUAAAUAUGAAGUUCUGAUGAGAAGCAAGGUUAACGAUUCUGCACCAAAACAACUUAUAUCAAACUUGCUGAAACGCUGUUCAAAUCUAAACUCAGAAUCUUCAUCUUCAUCAAAGCUCACUACAUUGCUUUUGUAAUAUAUUAGUGAGAUUAAGCUUAAACGAUUAAGAGAAAUAUCACAGUUGUGAUUAUCGCUUUUAAGAAGCAUUUGUAAACUCUUGAAUUGAUUACAUUAAGUUGUAAGGAACUAGAGUGAUCGUGUUGAUCAGAAUACUCUAGGAAGUCUUAGGAGUGAACUAAGCAAGUUGUAACUAGAGUGAUCGUGUUGAUCAGUAGACUCUAGAAAAAGUCUUAGAGGGUAUCUAAGCAGUUGUUCCUGGAGUGAUCAGUGUGUGAUCAGAAGACUCUGGAAGACUUAGUUGCGGACUAAGUGGAAAACCAUUGUAAUCCGUGCGAUUAGUGGAUUAAAUCCUCAGUUGAGGUAAAUCAUCUCUGCGGGGGUGGACUGGAGUAGUUUAGUUAACAACGAACCAGGAUAAAAAUAACUGUGCAAUUUAUUUUUAUCUGUCAAGUUUUUAAAGCUACACUUAUUCAAACCCCCCCUUUCUAAGUGUUUUUCUAUCCUUCAAUUGGUAUCAGAGCGCCGGUUCUAAGGUGCAAGCACUUAACCGUGUUUAGAAAAGAUUCAGGAAGAGAAAAACGCUUCUGUAAAAGAUGGUUGAUGAAAGUGAAAGGACUACACCUACACCUGCAUCUACAUCUGGCUCUGCUGAGCAAUACAACGGUAACAAUGGUUAUACUAGACCACCGGUAUUUGAUGGUGAAAACUUUGAAUACUGGAAAGAUAAACUGGAAAGUUACUUUCUGGGUCUAGAUGGUGAUCUAUGGGAUCUUCUGAUGGAUGGUUACAAACAUCCUGUAAAUGCCAGAGGCGUAAAGCUGACGAGGCAAGAAAUGGAUGAUGAUCAGAAAAAGCUUUUCAGGAAUCAUCAUAAAUGCAGAACUGUUUUGCUGAAUGCUAUCUCUCAUGCUGAGUAUGAGAAGAUAUCUAACAGGGAAACGGCCUAUGACAUAUAUGAGUCCUUGAAAAUGACUCGUGAAGGAAAUGCUCAAGUCAAGGAGACUAAAGCUCUAGCUUUAAUCCAGAAGUAUGAAGCCUUCAAGAUGGAGGAUGAUGAAGACAUUGAAAAGAUGUUUUCAAGAUUUCAAACUCUUACUGCUGGAUUGAGAGUUCUUGACAAGGGAUACACCAAGGCUGAUCAUGUAAAGAAGAUCAUCAGAAGCUUACCCAGAAGAUGGGGUCCUAUGGUGACUGCAUUCAAGAUUGCGAAGAAUCUGAAUGAAGUUUCUCUGGAAGAGCUUAUCAGUGCCUUGAGAAGUCAUGAAAUAGAGCUGGACGCAAAUGAGCCUCAAAAGAAAGGUAAGUCUAUUGCAUUAAAAUCCAAUAUCAAGAAAUGCACUAACGCUUUUCAGGCUAGAGAAGAAGAUCCUGAAGAAUCAGAAUCUGAAGAAGAAGAUGAACUGUCCUUAAUCUCCAGAAGGCUAAAUCAACUCUGGAAGACCAAGCAAAGGAAGUUCAGAGGCUUCAGAAGCUCAAAGGAAUUUGAACGUGGAGAAUCUUCUGAUGACAGAAGAUUUGACAAGAAGAAGGUCAUGUGCUAUGAAUGCAAUGAGCCUGGACACUACAAGAAUGAAUGUCCAAAUCUUCAGAAGGAAAAUUCCAAGAAGAAGUUUCAUAAGAAGAAAAGUCUUAUGGCAACCUGGGAUGAGUCAGAAGAUGAUUCUGAAGACGAGCAGGCUAACUGUGCGCUGAUGGAGACAGAAGAUGAAGGAUCAGAAUCUACAUCAGAAUCAGAUUCUGAAGAGGUAUUUUCUGAACUUACUAGAGAUGAGUUAGUUUCCGGUCUAACUGAACUACUGGAACUCAAGUCUCAGAUUAGUCUCAAAUACAAAAAGCUGAAAAAGCAAUUUGAAUUUGAAACAAAGAAGCUUGAGUUGGAAAAUUCUGAAUUAAAAGAAAAACUUUUAAAAUUAUCCAAUAAUAUUGGAUCCCCUUCUGAUUCAGAAAAAUCCACUCCUAGUCUAAACCAUAUUCUGAAAGAAUAUGAUUUAAGUUUCAGGAAGUUCUUAUCUAGAAGUAUUGGCAGAAGUCAGCUAGCUUCUAUGAUAUAUGCUGUGUCUGGAAACAAAAGAGUAGGCAUUGGUUUUGAGGGUGAAACCCCAUACAAACUUGAACCUGUUGAUGAAAUGAAAAUCACAUACAAGCCAUUGUAUGAUCAGUUCAAGUAUGGCCACUCCCAUGAUAUUAGGCACGCUUCACAUGCUCAAAGUUUUCACUUAACACACACCAAAAAGCAUGUGACACAACCUAGGAAAUAUCAUGGAACUCACAUUAAAAAUUAUCAUGUUGUUCCUUCUUCUGCGUACAAUGUUAAACCUAGGUUCAAUCAGAACUUGAGGAGAACUAACAAGAAAGGACCCAAGAAAAUGUGGGUACCAAAGAAAAAGACUAUUUCUUUUGCAGAUUCUCUUGGUGACAAAGAAGAUAAAAGUCAACAUGACAUGUCUCCUGGACUCAAGUUGGUCUCAACACUUGAAGGGAAGAAAGAUUGUCUUCCAAGUUCUGGUUCUUAAAUCUGUUGAAGAAAUUAUGCUUGUAGGAGAUCAGAAAAGAAAGUUGUUAGUCUUGGAACCAUCUAUUUUGUUUGUGUCUAUAGCAAUGAUGUAAAAUGCUACAGAAUAGACAUCUUUGAAACCUUGACUGUGGACGAAUCAAUAAAUAUCUAGUUUGAUGAUAAACUUGUUUCUGAUGAAACAAAGCGGCUUAAGAUUUUCUGCAAAUACAAUUUUGUCGUAUCAAAAGCUGCAGAACAAAGAAGUGAAUCUCCAGAAGCUGUGUACAUCAGAAGUAAUGAAUCAGAAGAUCAUUCAGAUUUAUAUCAGCUCACUUCAGAAGAAGUGUUUCCAGAAGAGAAAGUUUAUCAGAUCAGAAGCAGUGAUCUAAAUCUGAAGGCGUAAAAUCUCUCUGAUAUUUACAGCUGUCAUCUAUUAUUUGAUGAUGAACACGUGUCUGUACGGUUUGUACAAAGCGUGCAGUUGAAAAGACGCCGACCUAGGUAACUGUAUUAAAUCAUUUCAUUUACUGUGUUCUCUCUCCUAAUGUCAUUUCUCAUUAAAUGCAUAAUGAUUUCUUUUUAAAUCUUUUAAAUAACCCGUUUCAUCUUCAUUCCCUCUUUUUCUCUCUUUCUCUCUCUUUUGUGCAUUCACUUCGUUGCAUCUCUCUUCAAA